AAAAAAAAAUAAAAAAAUAGAAGAACGUCCAAUAGGCGUGUGCCUUACAUUUACUAUAGCGCAGCUCCAAGGUACAGCCGAACUCCUCCUGUAAUGAAACAUUUCUAUUGCUCUAUCUCAGCUGACAUUCUAAGUGUACAGUAUGAGAUGGGACGUGACGCUUCUCCUCGCGUUGGAUUGUGGGAUUUCACUGACACAGCCUAGUCUUUCCAGUUCACACAGGGAUUGAGGAAGAGACAGUAGACAUAUUGCUGCAAUGUAAGUAACUAGCAAGCAUUCUCUAUUCCUGGAAUCAUUGUUAGGAAGUUGUUUUUACACUGAGCCUUUUAAAAAUAAAACAAAAUAUAUGGGGCAGCAUAUUACAAUGUAUUCCUAUAGAGAGCAUUAUAUGUAGGUCUUUUCCACUUCUGUAUGUCUAAUAUAUAUAUAUAUAUAUAUAUAUAUAAAAAUAUAUAUAUAUAUAUAUAUAUAUAUAUACACACACACACACAACAUAAAACAGAUAUAAUGUACAGUAUUGUUCUUCAUAUGUUGUGAGUGUAUUCAAAUGUGUGUAUGUGUAUAUAUAUAUAUAUAUAUAUAUAUAUAUAUAUAUAUUCAUAAGGGGGUCCUGUAUGCCAGAUUGUAAACCUAUGUACAUUUCACAAUAUUUACUAUUUUUGUGUAAUUAUGUUAUAUAUUUUCUUUUACUGCAGCAUUUUACCUUUAACAUUUUAUUUAUGUAUAUACAUAUAUUGUAUUUGACUCAACAGAUAUUUGAUAUUUUUUUUUUUUUUUGAGGUUCAGGAUUUUUUGUGUACCGCACAGGCACUUCAACCUAAGUAUUGAAAACAAGUUUGUCAUCACAUUUCCAGACUGACAUAAUAAGCUGUUUUGAAGCACUCAAUGGUUUUUAGGCUGCAAUGCACACUUUUGCAUUUUUUAAACUAUUUUAAAAUAUCUGAUUAAUAAAAAAUAAAUAUGGUUAAAGUAACAUUUUAGAUUUACAGACAUAUCCACCAGAGCUUCCAUUACCAUUGUAGGACAAUAAUAGAUUUGUAUUUGUGUGACUAAGGCUUAGCAACUGGGGUUUGUGCUUGCCUCUCAUUUUAUAGCAACAGGUGCACAAAGCUUAACCUAGUUUUUCUCCUGAACACUUGAGGUCUAUCUAGGACUUGACUAGAAUUACUAGAUUCUUUAUGAGAUAAUUAGAAUUUUACUUUACUGGGUUGUGCAGCACUGACAUUCAGCGUCUCUAUGCUCUGCAUUAGGGCGAUGAACUUUCCCCAUAGAAAUGCAUUUAUUCAGUGCAUUUCUAUGAGGAGAUGCUGAUUGUCCAUUGCAGCUUUUUGCUCUGCCUCCUUAGCUGAGAUCAUCAGAAUUGUCAAACUCAGCCUAUCCAGUGCUUUCCUAUGGAAACCAUUGGAUUGACUGAGAUUGACAAUUCUUAUUAUGCCAGCAAGGAGGCAGAUCCGGGGCUGGGCCUUGCACUACGCUGGAAUAAAGGUGAGUUGUAUUACCUUUUAAGGGGGGUAAGGGGAAAGCCAUGUAAAUGGUGAUUUUAACAUUAUCAAGGAUACACAUUUGUAUUCUUGACCUUAUAGUGUUCUUUAAGUAAGGGGAUGGGGGUUGAAGAAACACCCUUACCUGAGAGGCAUGCUCCAUAAUACAGUCUGACUAAGUUUAUAGUAUGUUCAUAAACAUUUAUUACAUUCUUUCAGUUUGUAUACUUGUUUAAAAGUGUUUGUUUCCCGGUUUAAAAUAAUUAUUGACAAGUGAUGCAUGUCCAUUUAAGCAUAGUGCAAUAGGGAUUUAUGCAGAUAGCUAGAGCUCUAAUCAGUUUGAUGAAUGGAAACUGAGACAGAUGGUUAUUCACUAAAGCAGGGCUUGACAAAUCCCAGGUCACCGUGGCCACUAGAAAUUUUGUCCUGGCGCCUGGGUGUUUGUCAGCCCAUUCAGCACUUGCCACCUUCGGGCCCCCCUCUGAGGCAGGCGGCUGUCUGUUUGCCAGUGAGUGUGUGUCUUCUGUUGCCCUUCUGCCUUGCGCGUCCCCUGCAGUGAUGUUGGGAGCCGGUAUAUGACGUCACUCCGGCCUCGGCAUUACUAAACACACUGUGGGGAGCGAAGCAAGAAGAGCUCUCUACCCGGAAUAAGAUCCACUCCAGCUCUACCAAAAGUAGUGAGCCUGGGUGGGCCUACAUUAAAAAAAUAAUAAAUUAAUAAUAGUUUGUGAGUGUGUGAGAAAAUGUGUUUGAGUGUGUCAGUGAAUAUGUGUGUGUGCCUGAGACUGUAAGGGAGUGUGUGUGUAUCUGUCUGAGAGUGAGUAUGCAUGUGUCAAAUCAGUGAGUGUGUGCAUCUGUUCGUCAGUCUGUGAGUGUUUGUGUGUCAUUCAGUUAGUGUUUGUUUAGGUGACCAGCCGCCCUCCGAUCACAUUGAAAAGGUGUUCACCUUUUUACCCACACUGCGCCGUUCUCACCGUGGCUGGCCCUGCCUCAAUGGCUGAGAUUAUCAAUCUUGAUGAUCUCAGCUAAGCCAAUGCUUUCCCAUAGGAAAGCAUUGGAAGGCUAUUGUGCAUGUGCUAAUCAGCACCUCCUCAUAGAGAUGCAUUGAAUCAGUGCAUCUAUAUGGGGAACAUUCAUCGCCUCCAUGCAGUGCAGCAAUAGACUAGGAAUCACCUAUAAUGGCUGUCUGAGUGACUGUCCUGCAGGGACAGGACAUAAACACCAGAAGCACUACCUUAAAUUUACAUUACGUUAACCUUUAAGAAUUCUAUUUUUGUCUUUGAAAAUUAAGCUUUGUUAAAAAAACAUAAACUGGCUCCUAGAUUUCAAGCAAAUUUGUCUAGCCCUGUGUAUUAUAUCUUCAUAUUUUAUUUUUUGCUAGAGUUUGUAACAUCAGGUGUUAUUUUUAUUUUCAUAGUUUUAGAUUUACUGGUCAAAACUAAGCAGGAUGUCAAGCAGAGGAGGUAAAAAGAAGACAACAAAGACCUCACGGUCUGCGAAGGCUGGAGUAAUCUUUCCAGUUGGCAGAAUGCUACGUUAUAUUAAAAAAGGACAUCCCAAAUACAGAAUUGGAGUUGGAGCACCAGUAUAUAUGGCUGCUGUACUGGAAUAUCUAACAGGUAAAGAAAGUUUGCGCAAAUUAACUUUUGUUAGUUUGGGUCUUUUUCACUAAACCGGAAAUUGUGGAGAAUUGUCAAGGCAAUUGCAAGACUUUUUUUUUUAAAUUUUCAACAUUUUAACGAGUGAUAGGUAAUAAUGUAAUCCAGCUGAAAAAAAAUAGCUCAUUUUGAGGAUGUUUUACAUUUUGCUGUUUUGAUCUAAAACUGUCAAUUUCCUCCAAGUUCUCCUUAUCCCCUUCCUGACUGCAGACGGAAAUUUUCCGUCAACCUUGUCCUUCAGUUAAGGACCGUUGACGGAAAAUUUCCGUCAUUUACUAAAGUUAACCCCAGAUCGCGGUGAUCGCGGGGUUAACGGUGCUCCGGUCUGCCUCUGUAUUAAAGGCAGACCGGGAGCACCUGAUCGGGCUGCCCCAGCACCAGUGCUCGCUCUGACAGGCUGUCAGAGCGAGCACAUGUGCUCAGUGUACUUACCUUCCGCCUCCCUGCACUUCAGGGUUCUGUGUGAAGUGCAGGGAGACGGAUCAGAGCUGAUCCUUUUCUCCCUGUGUAAAAAAAAAAAAAAUAAAGUUAAAUCCCAACCCCCCUUUCCCCUGCUUUAAUAAAAUUAACCCCUUCAAAGUUUGAAAAAAAAUUCAAAGUUUGAAAAAAACUGGAAUGGCUGUGUCUCAAAUGUGCCCCUUCAAUGUCCACAUAUACCUGGCAAAGGUACAUACGGGGGUAUUGCUGUACUCAGCCGACAUAGCUGAGCAACAUAUGAAGUAGUAUACAGUUGUAGUACACAUAAGGUUUGCAAAAUGUACUGCGCAAAGUCACUUUGUGUGUCAAAAAGGCAGAAAAAAUGCUUAUUACCACUACACUUGGUACAAGCUAUUGGAAAAAUGAUCCCACGCUAAGGUUCAAAAUAGGCCUUUUGAAAUACCCUGGGAUGUCUUCUUUAAGAAAUGGUAUGGCUUUUUGGGGUAUUUGGAUUAUAUAGCCUGGUAAAAUACUCUAAAAUGCGACAUGGGCACAGUGUAAAAAUUUAAAGUUUGAAAAGAACUGGAAUGGCUGUGUCCCAAUUGUGCCCCUCCGAUGUCCACAUAUACCAGGCAAAGGUACAUAUGGGGGUAUUGCUGUACUCAGCCGACAUAGCUGAGCAACAUAUGAAGUAUUAUACAGUUGUAGCACACAUACGAUUUGCAAAAUAUACUGUGCAAACUCACUUUGUGUGUCAAAAAGGCAAAAAAACGCUUAUUACCAAUACACUUGGUACAAGCUAGCGGACAAAUUAUCCCACGCUAAGGUUCAAAAUAUGCCUUUUGAAAUACCAUGGGAUGUGUUCUUUAAGAAAUGGUAUGCCUUUAUGGUGUAGUUGUAAUAUGUAGCCUGCUCAAGUGCUCCAAAGUGGGACACGGACGCAUCAAAACCCUCCAUGAAAAUUCACACUUAAAAACCUUAACUUGUCACGUCUCUUUUACAGCAGUGUAACUUCACAAAAUAGUGUCUAGGUCAUACAUUGGGCAUAUUGUUUUACUCAGAAGACUUAGCUGAGCAUAAUUUGGGGGGUUUGAACCUAGUGGCACAUAUUAAAUGUACAAAAUGCCCAGCAAAAAUUUAAUCCGUAUGUAAAAAAUGCCCAAAAUUAUUUUUUACCACAUACUUUGGCAUAUAUUGGUGAAAAAAUGGGGGCAUGUUAAGGCACAAUAUGCACCAUAUGAUAUACCCUGGAGUGUCUACUUUUACAAAUGGUAGGCCUUUGUGGGGGUUUUUUGAACAGUAAAACUGCUAUAAUACCCCAAAUUGAAGCAUAGGCACAUUAAACCCGCCUCUCAAAAUUCUACUGUAAAUGUUGAAACGGACAGGUCUCCUAUAUGGCACUGUAGCCUCACGAAAUACUGCCAAAGACAUACAAUGGGAGUAUCGUUGUACUCAGCAGAAGUAACUGAACACAAAAUAAAACUUUGUACAGGAAUAGAACACACCAACUUUACAAAAUACUCAUGAGAAGUUCUUUGUUAUAAGUUUGUGUGCCAAAAAACCCCAAAACACAAAAUUUUACUCCAAUAUUUAGCAGAGAUUGGCGGUGAAAUGGCCACGUAGAAAGUGUCAAUAACCUUAGGACAAUAGCCUGUGAUGUCUACUUUAUAUAAAUAUAUACUUUUGUGUGACAAUUUUGUUUUUUUUUAUGGCUAUUAAGCUUACAAGACAAACAUACCAAAUUCUAAAAUCGCUCCACAUUAAAAGUUUAUUUUACUCCUUGUGCUUUGUGACCUGUAACUACCAAAAAAAACUUAAAAUCCCAGACACAUUAUAUAUUCUGUAAAUCAGAACAACUAAAUGAAUUUAUUUUUAAUUACUUUCUUUAACCUGCACUAAUUAGGCACACAUUAUUAUUGCAAAAACUGUACAAAAAAACACAAUUUUUAAAAAAUUUUCUACCUUUUUCUGUAUUUGUUUAAUAAUAAAUAAGCAUUUAUAUAUAUAUAUAUGUAUGUGUGUAUAUAUAUAUAUAUAUAUAUAUGUUACAUCAAAUUAAAGCACUUUCUGUCCUUUAAAAAACAGUAUAUAAUAUAUGUCGGUGCAAUAAACGAGAGAGAUGCAAAUUGCAGUUGAACGCAUACAGCAAGAAAAUGCAAAAAUUGCUUGUGUCAUUAAGCAUAAGACAAGCUUCUGAAGCUGUGUCCUUAAGGGGUUAAUUCUGAGUUUAAUGUGAAAUCCCAGAAUGCACAUUAAUUAUAGCUAGUUAAUUAAAGGGACAUUAUAGUCACUAGAACAGCUACAGCUUAAUGUAGUUGCUCUGGUGUCUGUAGCUUGUUACUGCAGUCAUUUUAAUAAAAACUCUGCAUUUACAGAAAAAAAGCAGUGUUUAACAUUGCUGCCUAGGGACCUAUCCAGUGGUAGUCACUCAGCCAGCCUACAGAGGUGCUUCCACGCUCUACGUUCCCCAUAGAGUUGCAUUGAGUCAGUACAUCUUUAUGAGGAGAUGCGUUUUGCUAUGCAUGCACGAUAGCCUCCCACUGCUUUUCUGAUGAUCUCGGCCAACAGAGCGAAACAUGACUGGCCAGCCACGACCACACCACUGCGGCUCUGGAGAAAGUUGAGUAGAAUCACCUUUUUAACUGGAGGUGAGAGGGGAAUUAUACAGAUAUUUAGAGCUAUAGUGUCAGGAAUACACAUUUAUAUUCCUGACAUUAUAUUGUUCCUUUAAUCUUAUUAAAGUGAUAUUGAUGCAUAAACCCUUUUUGCCUGGUUAUGUAAAACAUUGCCACUUGAAAAGAAUUAACUGUGAGAGCAAAUUUAGAGAAAUAAGAACAAAAUGCCGUAUCCAAAUAGGUUUCUUAUGAGGUUGAAACAUACACUUGAGUUUGAUUGAUAAAACUUAACGUUUAAUCAAAAUUCUAUUAACAACGGAUACAAAAAUAUAUAAUCAAAAAAUGAAAAAAUAAUAAGAAAAGAAGGGAAAAAAAGAAGGGAGAAACUAAGGAUAUUUACUCCAACUCCAAAACACACUCCAAUUCAUAGGUAUUUGGAACUAGAUAAUAGGAUAUGUGUAUGUAGUUUGGCCAGUUUUACAUAAGCAUACUGCUACAAUUGGGUAUCCUUUCAACACUUAUAGUCAAAUUAGUAGUGAAACCUCUUAAAAGUAACAAGAGUAUCUGCAAAUGUAGCGAUUCCCUGAGAAUCAGAUUAAAGGACCACUCUAGGCACCCAGACCACUUCAGCUUAAUGAAGUGGUCUGGGUGCCAGGUCCAGCCAGGAUUAACCCAUUCUUUUAUAAACAUAGCAGUUUCAGAGAAACUGCUAUGUUUAUGAAUGGGUUAAGCCUUCCCCCAAAGCCUCUAGCGGCUGUCUCAUUGACAGCCACUAGAGGCGCUUGCGUGCUUCUCACUGUGAUUUUCACAGUGAGAGCACGCCAGCGUCCAUAGGAAGGCAUUGUGAAUGCUUUCCUAUGCGACCGGCUGAAUGCGCGCGCAGCUCUUGCCGCACGUGCGCAUUCAGCCGACGGGGAGGAACGGAGGAGAAUCGGAGGAGGAGAGCUCCCCGCCCAGCGCUGGAAAAAGGUACGUUUUUACCCCUUUCCCCUUUUCAGAGCCGGGCGGGAGGGGGACCCUGAGGGUGGGGGCACCCUCAGGGCACUAUAGUGCCAGGAAAACGAGUAUGUUUUCCUGGCACUAUAGUGGUCCUUUAAGUGAAGUGAUUGUAUCAAUUUAUCAGCUGAUGUUUGUAAUUAGUGGCACUACACCCAAAGGGAAUAUAUGCUUCCUACUAAAGUGCCUUUUGUUAUGUACCCAAUAAUACAUCUGGUUAAUUUUUAUUUUCAUAGUUUAGCUUUUUUUUUACUUGGAAAUAAGUUUAUUGGUUCAGUCAUUCGUGCCUGGUACGCAAUUUUGACGUGAAAGCAACAUGGGACUUGCAGGUCCCCAACAAAACAUGAAGAUCAGAAUGAGGUGCAAAAUACGGUAUAUGUUUGUGUGGGCUCGCAGGCUCUGUGCAGUUGAGGACUCGCAGGUCCCGUAUUUUUGCAUAAUACAUAGUGUCAUUAUUGCAUUACCUCAAAUUGUUGGUAGCAACUCUGGUAGUACGCGUAGGUACUCAUGACAUAACAUAUAUACAACUAAGCUCUUGGAUCCGCUGGUCUGCAGGAAAGUAGUGUGGAGCAUAUAGGUAUCUGGAAUACUGCUUGAGCACUAGGUUCUGUGACUCGCUCGGUGGCAGAUCUUGGUAUGUGGGUAGUGUGGGCAUUACUACUGCUGUCGGGGGGGUACUGAAGGAUUUGCAGCCGCAGCCAGCUGGGGUUUUCUUUCUCCCCUCCCCGUCUUGUUGGUGGUUGGCUGGUGGAGUGUCCCUGCUCUAAUGACUCCCCAUCGAUAUUACUUUCCUUCCCAGGGCAGGUGCCACGGAACUCUAGGCAAGCAUAGCCAAGGCGCGUGGCUCCGCAGGGGCAGGGAGGGGGAGAAGGGAGGGAGCGGCCUAAGCGGCCAUGCUGGUGAAGGACGCGGGUGGGGUGGGAGUCGAGGAAGGUUGAUUCGGUAGCGUCAUGUGACUUCAAUCUUAGGCAGCCGAUUGGCCAAUAUAGUAUCCCUUCAUAUUGUGGUGUCCCCCCUACGAGUCGGGGCUGGGUCUACCAGUCUUUUUCGUCGUCAGUGUUCCCUGAUGUCUGUCGUGGUAGUAGUCACUCGGUUAGUGGAUAAGGGCUUGAAAAUUGGGUCUUUCGGUGGAGAGGAUCCAGUGUGUCCAGAUUGUCAUAUACAUCUGGGAUCUCAACUCCGCCUGUAGGAAGAGUUCUUCCAGAACCCUGAACUCUUCCAUGGGCUGGUACCAUAGGGUCAGGGGAGGCACUGUCUGUUUUUUCUAGUAAAGAGGAAUCAUGCUUUUGUCAACGUUAAAGAUCCUUAUCGGCAAGGAUUUUUUGUAUGCCGAGUUGCGCAUUGUGGUGUGGUGUAUGAGAAAUGCUGCAGGGGUCAGUGGUGGCAGGUCAUCUGAAAACCGUUCCAUGAGUGUGUGGAAAGUCGCCCAGUAAGGUCUAAUCUGAGGGCAUACCCACCAAGUAUCGGCGGAGGGUUAUAGGUAUGGAUGUGUUGUGGGGACAAAUACCACACGGCUAGCAGUUUAUAUGUCGUUUCCUGUACCCCACUAGAUGGUGCGCAGUGUAGCGUGAGAGUACAUAUUUUGGCCUAUUGUUCAGUAGAAAAAGUGGUCCCCAAGGCUACCUCCAACCUCCCCAUGAAGCUCGGCGGCGGCAAUCGCCUGAACUUCAUAAACAUGCCGCAGAGUGUGGACAGGCCCCUUGCCAAUGGGUCCGGGCCCAUGCAUAGCACCUCGAUGUUUGUGAGUGGUCUCGAGGUGGAGUUGACUGGGGUGAUAGUGCAAAUUCAGUUAGCUGUUUAUAACGGUAAAAUUAUGGCCUUUCGUUCUGUGCCAUUAACUCCAGGGGCCUGACCCUUCCAUUGUCAAGGGCCUGACCCUUCCAGAGUUUAGAUACUCCCUGCUCGGUCCCAUUCCAUUAUACAUUACUGCUUGUGGCUCCGUAGUAAAUCCUAAAGUCCGACAAGGCUAAGCCCCUUCUUACCUUCGAUAAGGUGAGGACAUCAUGCUUGAUCCUUGCUUUGAGUUUAGGCCAGCUAAAUCUAAGGGACAUGGAGUGAACAAAGUUUGAAAAAAGCCUCUGGGAUAGUGAUGGGUACAGUUUGGAACAGGUAAAGGAUCCUGGGUUAAUUUUGAGCACCCCAACUCUGCCAAACCAUGAAAGGCAGAGCUUCGCCCAUUCCUCAAGAUCUUUGUGGAGUGUAGUCAGAAGUGGCUGAAAGUUAGACUGGUGUAACUGGGUAAGGUCUUUCGUGAUCACAAUGCUUGAAGUAUUUCAGGGAAGUGUCAGACCACUGGAAAAGGAGUCUUUGUUUAAGAGUUGAUGCUCUUGAGUGGUGAAUGGAAUAGUGUAUUUAGUGAAAUAAAUUUUGAAGUUUGAUAGCGCCCUGUAUGCUGUGAACUCCUCCAUAAUGAUAGGCAGAGAGGACUCUGGGUCGGUGCAGAAAAAUAGCAAAUCAUCUGCAUAUGCCGCCACCAAAUGUCUCUCUCUCCCCACCCGCAGCCCUGGAAUGUUGGAGUUGUUCCCAAUUGAAUUCAGAAAGGGUUAGAGGGAAAUGACGAAGAGCAAGUGCGAGAAGGGGAACAUCUGUCAGGUUCCAUUCCAUAUCCAUAUCGGGCGGUAAUUUGCGCAUUGCUCUGCGUCCUUGCCCUCUUUGGCCAUCAAAGAGAUGUUUGCCACAAAGGCUUGUGGGGGAAAUUGGGUUCCCUCUCAGAGCGAAUUGAGUGCGGCAAGCAGGAGGGGGGAGAGGACCUCUGCGUAUUGUUUGUAAUACUGUGUCGGCAGGCCAUCUGACCCCGGACACUUCCUGAGCUUGGUGGUUUUAAGGGCCCACGCCAGUUCUUCUGCCAUGAUCAUUUCCUCUAGGUCUGUCACUGCUUCCGGUGUUUACUUAGGCGAGAUUCCAGGUAUUGCCUUAUGCGGACAGUCCUGUCGCCUGCGGGCGUCUCUCCUAUGUGUGGUGUGAGCGAAUAGAGGUCUGCGUAAUAUUCCCUAAUGGUUUCUGCUAUUUCCGAUGAUGUGUAUUUCAGUUGCCCCCGUCCCUAGCCCUAAUUUUAGGGAUGUAGGUCGUCAUCCUCUUUUUGGCUAUAAUGCGAGCCAUUAGGGCCCCACACUUAUUGGCAUUCGUAUAAAAGAAAGAUUUAGAGUGCAAAUAUGCCCUUUGGUAGUUUGUGUUUAGGAUAGGUCCCAAUGGAGCACAGUCAGCUGGGUCCAGUCGGUGGGGAGCUGUGUCUGUUUGUGUCACGUUUCUAACGACUGUAUGUCUGAGAGUAGGGUCAAGAAGCGAGUGGCUCUGUCCUUUUUCAGCGCUGUUCCCUUCGCUAUGAAAUGGCCUUGUAUGAUGCAUUUGUGAGCCUCCCACAGGCACAGGGGAGGGACAUCUGGUGUAUCUUUCUCAAUAAAAUAUAGUGUGAGUUGAUCUCGAGCCUCGGACGUCACCAAUGGGUGGUUUAAAAGGAGUGAGGAGGGGGCGGCAGAGGGGGGAACCAGAGGGACCAUGUCCAGUGAGGGGGAGGGGCGUAUGGGUAUGAGAUCGCCUUCAGAGGAGGGUAGUGUGGCUAAGCCGUUGCCUCCCUCCCCUGCAAACACCACGACCCAAGUCAGCAACCAACAGCAACAAAAACAAUAACAAAAAUAAACAGUGUAAACAUACAACUUAGGACAAAGGUGCAGGCGGGGUUAGAGUCGGAACGGCCGCACCAGCCAGCCCAGUCGAGUCCCCGCCAACGCAAUCAGUACACCCCAGUAUAUUGGGAGCAUGGCCCGGCCACUCUUGACCGUGAAAGAGCGGUCCAAGGCCCCAGUUCAAUGCACAUCGGCCGGCGGGCCGUGAGGCCACUCCCCGCGAGAGGGUGGAAUAAAAUUAACACGUAGAAGAGACCCCUCGAUGUCCCCUGACCCCUCCAAUUGCCAUAGAUUGUGGUUUCAUAAAGCAAAACUUAUAGGCCCUCGUCAGACACAUUAUCCCUUGCUGUAUCCCACCCGCCGAGGCACUGCCCCCCCCACCCCUAUCCCCAGCAGCACAAACUCCUCCACAACAUCUACGGGGAGAUGGCGGUAGCGUCCUCCACCUCCGAGCACCCGCUGGUGAGCAGUCGUCCCCCCUUGCAUAGUGGUCGAUUUCUUCCCUAUGCGGAGUCCCAUAGUUUGGAGUGGGUGAUUUCGGGCUGUAUCUGUGUGGCCUCCAGUCCCUGUAUACCCCCACCAGUGUGCAAACCCUUAGCUAAUAGGCCUUGAUUGUGGAGGGUACCUGUUCGUAUUGGUCACUGCUGCAUGUGUGGGUCAUAGUCCCAGUGUGCCCCGGGUGAUGGUUACACGUUCCCAGGCCGCCAUUACUGUGAAGGUGCUUGCGGGGUGUCUCUUAGCAUGUGACCCCUGCCGGUCGUGUGGUCUCCAUUCUGGUCCAGUUCCAUCUCUGCACUUUGGUCAGUCCCAUCGGUGGUGGUGUAGGACUGUUGUAGAAGUAAUUGUAAUUCCUCUAAGAGCUCCUGCAAGUCUUGUUGAGUGCGGAUCUGUCUGGGACCCCCUGGAGUUAUGGUCACCUAUAUCGCACUUUCUGUGCAACCAGUGCGGGGGUCAGGGGUUUCAGUGCUCUGCGGUAGCCCAACGUGGCCGGGCAUAGGUCCGGGAAUAGUUGAAUGGGUUGACCCUCAUGGUCAAUGUUGUUGCGUGCUGUUUUUAAAAUGUCCUCCAUGAGAGAGUAUAGGGCCAGAUAGCAUAUCACGUCCCAUGGAGGGGAAUCAGGUGGGCCCCUGGGUCUCAGGGCCCAGUGAGCCAGGACAAAAUUCGAUAGGAAUGUCCCUGGUGCGGUUCAGGAGGCCAUUAAAGAUUGUAGUAAGUAGGCCUUUGUGUUGAACGGUGGUUUCUUCGGGUAGGCCUCUGAUUCUCAGGUUUUGCCUGCGACCCCUAUUGUCAAGGUCCUCUAUAUGACAUGCCAUAGAUUGCAGCUUCAUGGUCCGGCGAGGUCGAGCUUGGCGUCAACAUCUCUGAGUGUGGGUAGGUCUCAGAUGAUGCCUGGGAGGCCAUGUCCGUCGACGAGGCUAAACACUGCCGCGUGGAGGAGUGAAGCGCGGUCUGGCGGGGCCCCGAUGGUUUGCGGGUGCCCACCGUCUUGGAGUUCUUCCCCAUUUGUGUCUCUAUGGAUGCAGUCACACGAUCGGCAGUUCAGGGUCGGAGGAGCUCAGCACUUAAGCCACCAUUCCGCUCCACUGCUUGACCAUGCCCUUCAUAUAAUCAUGGAGCUUAAGUAGCCCUAGUCUAUACUGUGCCUUCGUGGGCGCCUAAUCUUCGAGGAAAACUAACUUGUUUUAUCUUAUUAUGCUCCAUGAAAACGGCUUGGUGCUCCCAUUCAGCAAACUGUCAGUCUAAAUAUCUGUUAGGUAUCUGAUUGAAUAUAGGUAUUACUUAGCUAUCGCUUCCAGAGGUAUAACCUCUGCACACCCAUAAAGCUUUGUAAGCGAGUAAGCCGUGCCCCGAAAACGUGUUUUGACAAGCAGUUGUUGUUCUAACUGUGAGAGCAAUGUUUUCACGAGAACAAUGACAGACAGCCACUUGAGCCACCUCCUGAUUAUAGGGUUUCAAUUUUUGAAGAUCUUCAUAUUCAGCAUCAUCAUGCAGCACAUGAUAUAAUGCUGUGCAUAUGCUUUAUAUCCCUCAUUCUUCUCAAUGUGAAGCAUUAGAUUAAACUGAGGUAAACACUUUUGAUGCUCUCAGAAGGAAGGACCGGCUGCCUGGUGAAGUCCAUCCCAGCGCUGGUUUCCUGGCGAAUAAAGUGUUUUUUUGUUGCUGUUUUCAGGUGGUGGUGAAAUAGAGAAUAAAGAACCCACUAAUGUUAUAAAUAAAUACAUUUAUUUUUAUCCUUAGAGUGUUUCUUUAAAAGGAAUGCCUAGGUUACAAAAUGCAAAUCUUUAAUGCAGCUAAGAAAUUUGCCUUCACUAGGGUUCCAUAUGUUAGUUGCAAAGCAAGUUUAAUUACAGAACAAGUCUGGCUUGUUUACUUUGUAGAAUACUAAACAUGAUAAAUACCUUUGGUAUGUAGCGCUUUGUAAAUAUUGUUUAACACAUACACAUCUUCUACACAAUAAUAUGUGCUAAUAAAGCAUCAUAGAGUAAUUUAGGAUGAGACUAGUACCUGAGUAAAAUAUGUUCACCAUGACUGUGGGACUGUAACUUAUUUGGGACUGUUAAGCUUUGGAGCGAUCUAUGUAAAACAACCUACAUUAGCAUACAUUUACAGGCCACCCUUUGCUAUCCGACUCAAUUGUCUUACUAGAAAUGUACGUUUGUCUUAAAAGGACACUCCAGGUUGCAAGUGCCCCCCAUUUUGUAUUGCAAAAUAUAGAUAGUGCUUUAAAAAAUGUAUGAACAUGAAUACAAAAAAAUAAAAAAAAAUAUAUAUAUAUAUGUACAUAUAUAUAUAUAUAUUUUAAAGGAACACUCAAAGAAACCAUAACUUGUACAGCCCUUUAGUACUUAUGUUGCGGGAAGUGCCAUGGCGUCCCACAACGUAAGUAGUCAAACCACUAUUAGAUUCCAGGUAAGAAGUCAAACUGUUAGUAAAUGUUUUAACUACUUAUAUUUGGGGUGUUCAGAUCACGCCUGACAUACUGUAGUUGUGGCACUUUUGUUACUUUAAAAGAAAACUGUCAUCAUUUAACCCCUUGACGACCGAUGACGGUUCAGGACCGUCAUCGGAAACAUCCCCUUGAGGACCGAUGACGGUCCUGAACCGUCAUAACGGUCUGGGAGUACUUACCAGCUCUUAUCAGCGUUCCUCCCGGUCCAGGGAGAUUGCCUGUCUGCACAGACAGUCUCCCCGCGGCAGAUCAGGAACCUGCGGCCACGUGAUAGCUCGAUCACGUGGCCGCAAUAGGUGCCUGUGUAUCUGCCUGCAGGGGGACUGUCUGUGCUGACAGGCAGUCUCCCUGCAUCUGCAAAAUCAAAAAUAACGUUAAAUAAAAUCAAUCAGUGUAAAAAUGUGUGUGUGUGUGUGUAUGUAUAUAUAUAUAUAUAUAUAUAUAUAUAUAUAUAAGAUAUAUAUAUAUAUAUAUAUAUAUAUAUAUAUAUACAUGUAUUAUAUCUAUAUAUAAUAUGUAAAUAUAUCAUAUAUAUAUAUAUAAUGUCAUACUAAGUGUAUUUUUAUAUUCAUAUAUACAUAUAUUAAUAUAAAAAUACACUUAUAAUUAAAUUACACACGUGUAUAUAUAUAUAUAUAUAUAUAUAUAUAAUAUAAUCACUAUAUAUAUUCUAUAUAUAUAUUAUUAUAAAAUAUAAAUAACGUAUAUGAAAUUAAAUGUAAAAAAAUUUAAAUAAUUUUUAAUAAUUUUAAAAAAAUUAUAUAUAUAUGUAAUUUUAUUCUAACAGUAUUUUGAUAUUAAUAUAUAUAUAUAUUUAUAUCAAAAUACACUUAGAAUGAAAUGAUAUAUAUAUCUAUGUAUAAAUAAAUAAAUAAAAAUAAUACGAAAUAUACAUAUGUCUAUAUACAUAAUUACAUAAAUAAUUUCCUAAAUAUACACGUAGACUUCAAAUAUAUAAAUAUGUAGAUAUAUUUAAUUUUUAAGUUCAUAUUUAUGUAAUACCGUAUUUUUCGCUCCAUAAGACGCACUUUUUUCCCCCUCAAAAGUGAGGGGAAAUGUCUGUGCGUCUUAUGGAGCGAAUGUGAAGAAUUACUUACCUGUCUUGGAGCUUGGGCCGGCUUCACAGCGCGCUCCGCGGUCCAGGAACUUCUAUUUCAGGUUCCGGUGGGACUGAAAGGAAGUGUGCACACUUCCUUUCAGUCCCGCCGGAAACCGGAACCUGAAAUAUUAGUUCCUGGACCGCGGAGCGCGCUGUGAAGCCGGCCCACGCUCCAAGACAGGUAAGUAAUUAUGGGACAAGGGGAGGGGGAGACACUAUGGGACAAGGGGAGGGGGAGACACUAUGGGACAAGGGGAGGGGGACACACUAUGGGACAAGGGGGAGGGACAGGGGCGAAAGUGCACACUAUGGGAGGGAAAGUGCACUAUGGGACAAUGGGAGGGGGGGGACACUAUGGGAUCAGAACACUAAUGGACAAGGGGAGGAGGGGUUAAAGAACACUAUGGGACAGGGUAGGAGGGGUUAACAAUCACUAUGGGACAGGGUAGGAGGGGGUUAACAAUCACUAUGGGACAGAGGAAAGGGGGGUUAAAGAUCAUUAUGGGACAGGGGAGAAAAAAAAAUAUUCUGAACAAACUGUCCCAUGGUAAGAAACACUAUGGAACAGUUUGUUCAGAAUAUUUUUUUUUCUGGGUUUCCUCCUCUAAAAACUAGGUGCGUCUUAUGGUGAGGUGCGUCUUAUGGAGCGAAAAAUACGGUAUUAUUACAUAAUUAAGUAAUUUUAUUGAUUGCAAUUUGAGGGACAUGCCUGAGAACCCAGGCCAAAAGUCCAGAGAAUUUAAUUUGCUAGCACUGUGUUUAACCAUGUAACUUUCUAUGACACCCUAAAACCUGUACAUGGGGGAUACUGUUUUACUCGCGAGACUUCGCUGAGCACAAAUAUUAGUCUUUCAAAACAGUAAAACAUAUCACAGCGAUGAUAUGGUCAGUGAAAGUGGCGUUUUUUGCAUUUUUUACACACAAACAGCACUUUCACUGAUGAUAUUAUUGCUGUGAUAGGUUUUACUGUUCUGAAACACUAUUAUUUGUGUUCAGCGAGGUCUCCUGACUAUAAAAGUACCCCUCAUGUACAGGUGUUUUUGAAAGUUACACGGUCAAAUAUAAGGCUUGAUUUUACUUUUUUUUUUUCAUUGAAAUUUGUCGGAUUGGUAAUGUUGCCUUUGAGAGCGUAUGGUAGCCCAGGAAUGAGAAUUACCCCCAUGAUGGCAUACCAUUUGCAAAAGAAGACAACCCAAGGUAUUGCAAAUGGGGUAUGUUCAGCCUUUUUUAGCAGCCACUUAGUCACAAACACUGGGCAAAGUUAGCGGUUUUUGCAUUUUUAACACACAAACAAAUAUAAAUGCUAACUUUGGCCAGUGUUUGUGACUAAGUGGCUACUAAAAAAGACUGGACAUACCCCAUAUUGAAUACCCUGGGUUGUCUACUUUAAAAAAAUAUGUACAUGUGGGGUGUGAUUCAGGGAUUUAUGACAGAUAACAGUGUUACAAUGUCACUAUUGAUAAAUGUAAAAUAUAUAUAUAUUGAAAGAUCAAUUUCCUACAUGUACUUAUAGCCCUAUAACUUGCAAAAAAAAAAGCAUAUAAACACUGGGUGUUUCUAAACUCAGGACAAAAUUUUUAAUCGAUUUAGCAGUUUUUUUCAUUAGCUGUUGUAGAUAAUUAAAAGAUUUUUCAAGUAAAAGUCCAAAAACAUGUAUUUUUUUUUCAAUUUUUCACCAUAUUUUAAAUAUAUGACAUGAUACAAAUAAUGGUAUGUAAAGAAAGCCCUUCUUGUCCUGAAAAAACAAUAUAUAAUUUGUAUAGGAACCGUAAAUGAGAGUUAACACAAACACCACAAAAGUGUUAAAACCGCUCUGGUCCUUAUCGUACAACAUCGCAAAAACAAGCCGGUCCUUAAGGGGUUUAAAAAAAAAAAAAAAGAUUACAUGAAUAUAGCAUCUAUUAAUAUAUAUUAGUAAUGCACAUAUGUAAGUAAAUACAUCUGUUCAAUGUAUCGAUUGGUUUAGCAUUGCUCCAUGGGGAAAACCAUAAUAAAGUCCUUAUUGGUCCAAAUUAAAAGAACACUCCAGGCACCAUAACAUCUAUAUUGAAAAUAAGUUGUUAUGGUGCCAGGAGGUUCUUGGGGGAUUUCUUACCUGUAGGGGUUAAAUCUUUCUUGUAUGGUAUAUACCUUUUUUUGUGAAUGGGGAGCUACUAUUUGUAUUUGAGCAUCAACUGACCACUCAAGCUAAUUAGAGGCACCCCUGACUGGCAUCACUUCGCACUUCCUGAAUGUCAAUUUCAGAAGCCGGAUGCUGCUGCUGUUGACUAGAACAAUUGUGUUAAGAAUACACAUUUGUAUUCCUAAGGCUAUAGUGUUCUAGUGUGCCUGUAAAGAUUAUACUCCCUUCCUUGCCACUUGCUGUUAUUGAAAUUUAUUAUCUUUUCUUCCAUGUGCCGUAUCUCAAUAACUGUGCACAGCCAUUUGUAUCUUCUCUACCUAUGUAUGCCCUAUGAUGUCUCCUAUGUGCCCAUUAGUAGCAUUGAUUUUACUGAUGGGUUGUUGGUAACUAAAACAGAUCAAUUGACAAUUUUUGCCAACUCGACUGCUAUAAGGAAAUAUUGUCCUUCUUUUCCUUAUGUGUUUUACGAAACACAUCAAGUUUAUUUAUGGGAACAGAAAUGUUUUAACUUAUAUGGAAAAUCAUUUGCACAGAAACCCUCCCCCUAGACCCCCCAAAAAACAAACAAAAAAAGAAGGAAACAUAUUAUAGCUAUAUUGCAGAAAGGGGUGCGGGGAGACAGCGCCUGUAGAAUUGUUCUCAGAUCCAGUGAUAUAUAGAAUGAACAAAGAAACUUAAUAUAGUGUAGUAUAUUAAAAAUCUUGGUGGGGGGCUGGGCCUGGCCGCUGAGAGGAGAGGAAGCUAAACUGUGCAGCUCCUGCUCUGCGGCACGGAAAAAGUGAAAAACAGCCGUUCAAACCAGACAUAACCAGCACAAAAAGGACACCAGGAGGAAGGUGACAGAGAGGGGCACAUAAUGAUGCCUCACAAGCGACACUUACAGCAAAACUCGCCUCCUCGACCUGUGGGGCCUAUAAGCGUGGUCGGCGUGAGGGAGACGGCCGCUCCCCUGCCGACACCCACGGCUAAUAAACGGAGACCAAAUGCCCGUUCCCCCCCCCCCUGGACCGGUGGGGGAUAUCCCGGUCUGUCCUUGGGAGACCCUGGUACAACCCGGCGCCCAUACAGUGGCGACACAGGGGCCCGAAACGAGCGGCGGAAAUGCAAACAAAAUGGUGGAGGCAAGGGGCUCCUCCAAUACUCACAGCGGGCGGAUUGGAGGUGGAGCACCGGCUGGACAGAGCCUUUCAAGUACUUUGGGAGAAGCUCGAGGCCCUCCUGUUCCCAUCACCCCAUGAGAAAGAGACAGAAACACACUCGCGCACUCACCCAAGCAAGGUUAAAUGCAAGCCUGUACAGACACCCCGAGCACCUCAACGCCUGGCACGACAAAACCAGCCGGAAAUUCUCAGAAAGAGGGAGACGGGAGGCCUGUCUGGCGGCAGCAAGAGAAGGGCAACAGCCACUUGGGAACUGCAAGGAAUCGUGAUGCCCAGAAAGCAUCGAGGAGCUGGGUACCUGAGGCGCCCAGGAAGGGCUGCAGUGGAAACCCGGAACAAGGUCCAAGGCACUGGGGCAGCGACUCCCAUAGAGCCCCAAAAAGGCAAUCCCCAACGGCGACAGCACAGGCCGCAAUGUGGUGAACACUCACACGAGGCGCUUAGCAAGGGCGACACGCUACUAGCAAUCAGCGUGGAAGAGUGUGAGAGAGCCGCACCCUACAACAUCAUACUGCAGGACUGUAUCCUGACCCGAACAGGCAUCGGCUGAAGAGAGGCGGUGGGACCUACACGUGGUUCUCCCAAGUCUACCCAUACUGCAGAGAACUGCUGAGAUACUACAGAACCCUUUUUAACGGUUGCAUCUCACUUCUUCAUGACAUAUUAUGCUUUUUCUUUCCCUUUCUUUUUUGCAAACCUCAUGUGGAUAUAGCUUGAUGACCUGAGCGCCGGACUGACCCAGCCAUAAAGAAAGCCUUGGGGGGAGGGUACCCUCAGCGGGUGAGGCGCUCCAUUAAUUUGUUUUACUUACCUGCCAAUCUGCUCAGCUAAUUGUCUUGUGAUGCUCCUAUAUUGUAUGUGUUAAAAUGAUGCCUACCCAAUACUCUUAAGCAUAGUAGCACGCAUGUUUACUAAUGUGCACUAUUUUUUACUUAAUAGCUGAAAAGCCUACUGUGAUGACCUAAGCGACAAUUUAUAGGUGUCUAACUUUGGCACAGUUUUAGUGACACAAGCACCUAGUGAACCGUGCUCCCCCGGGGAGGUUUUCCACUUCCACUUAGACGCGCAUGUAAACUUGACUGGGCUUGAUGGGCAGACAAUAUUUAAAUAGCUGGACCAAAUGUUUAUAAGUAGUUUUUCUGUUAUGUCUGCCUCCUGGUCCGUCCCUUACUAUCACACUGUACCUGACACUGUUGUCACACAAGUCCCCUGUCGCACAGGUACUGACUAAUGUCUCCUCCCGCAUUUUCACCAGCCUACUAACCAGCAUCUGACAUCACUAAUAUACUAUGAAUACACAAACAGGCACCCAGCAAUCUCCAUACAUACGCUUGCACACUGUACAUUAGUCUGACAACAUCUACCAGUAAUCAGUUAAACUGAGAGGGCUGGCCUACUGGGCUGUGCUGACUUUUCCAUUGCCAUGCUUGUAACCCAACAUAUAUUCUGUGGUGGAGAUUGCAGCUGCAGUUGUGGCUCCUUGAACGUGUGGUAUAAUAACCUAUACUUGCCUAGCACGUGUUAAAAUCCACUGGCUGUUCUUAUAGUUAAUGUGCACGUUUUAUAACACUUUUGACUAUUCCUGUCCUAACUACAUAACAUAUACUGUCGGCUCAACUACUGUAAUAAUCUAAUAUUCCUGAACUCACUAGCCUGACUUAUUUAUAGCUCACCUGCUUUAAAAAACAAAAUAAUUUUGUGCCUAAAUAUCAAGUGUCACAUCUUGUAUUGCAUAUUGAAUUGUUAUAUACCUCGAUCCCGCUGUUGUGGCAUAUUGAGGCUGUUUUUUUAUUUGUGCACAACAAAAAUAAAGAAUUAAAAAAAAAAAAAUCUUGGUGAAGUAUAGAUGCAUUGAAUCAUGGCAUCUCUAUGGGGAACUUUCAGUGUCUCCGUGCAGUGCGUGGAUGCUGAAUGCCAGUGCUGCACACUGUAAAAGGCAGCAUUUACAUUGAAAAGCCUGCAGUGACAGGCUGCACACACCAGAAUCACUACAAUAAGCUGUAGAGGAUCUAGUGCCUACAGUGUUCGUUUAAGUGUACGUUAUAAUACAUGUUGCCAUUUAAUGUUUCCACUCUCCUUUAUUUACAGUAGCAGUAAAAAGUUUUGUAUUAUUUUACCAGGUAAUAGAUUUCUACUGUGUAACUUUUGUGAAUGCCAGAUAGUUUUAAAGGGACACUCCAAUAAUCAAUACAGUUUGAGCAUAAUAAUGUGGUUUUGGUGUAUAGUCUCACUGCUCAAUUCUCUGCCAUUUAAGAAUUAAAUCACUUUGUUUAUGCAGGCCUAGUCCACCUCUAUUGUAAUGCGUAAAUCGAGUUACUUGCACUACAUUAUUUUAUACUAGGUUGAGGUUAAUUUGAAUUUGUGAUACCCAAUGUUUGCAUAACUAUAUUCUAACCAAAAGGUAAUAACUGAAAUGUUGUUUUUUCCUUUUAGCGGAAAUUCUGGAAUUAGCUGGAAAUGCAGCAAGAGAUAAUAAAAAGGGUCGUGUUACACCAAGGCACAUACUUCUUGCUGUGGCAAAUGAUGAAGAAUUGAACCAGGUAGGAGUUUAUUAUACAAUUUAGAAACAUAUAACAAGUUGCCCUUUAUUGUGAGGUUUAAUACCUGUUUAUAUAAGACAUUGGAGAAUGGGUGAUCCUCGGUAGGUUUUUGAAAUGUAACAUAACUUUUAUAUUUUUUUGCUUUCUACUCCAACAUUCCUGAUUUGAAGCAAAACACAGAUUGUGCCAACAGUGGCUUGUCCAUAAGGUUAUUUAGGCCAGCACUCCAUCAAAUAUUUCAGUCAUAAUAAAAAUUUAAAAAAAUAAAUGGUCUAUUGCCAUGGUAAAAUAGUUAACGUUUACAUAUCCACUAUUAGUGGCAACACCAUACAGUACUGCAGUGCUAUAAUUUUCCUACCCCUUUUUUACACCACCUCACAGAUUCUGACUCUAUUAUAGGGCAUGAUGGCUGUCUGGAUAAGGUGUUGAGAGAGAGUUGUGAGAAAUGCCCGGACUGAGUGUACCUCACAAAUACCCAAUUUAAAAUGUAUAUAUCUUAGUCAACUUCCAUGUGUUGAGUUACAUGCCUUACCAUUUUAAAAUUUCUUCAACCACAUUAGAGUUUGUAAGCUGGAAGUGGGCCUGUAAACUCUAUAGUUGCUCUGUCGCUUCUGAGUAUUUCAUCGAUUUCUUUAUGUAAUAUCCAUAGUGACCUAAUUGAAAUUCCAACAAAUUCCAUAUAUAUCAUAAGACAAAUAUAGGGGCUUCUUUUUUUUACACUCCUGAGGUUGAAUAAAGCUUUUCUUUUAGCUUUUGUCAAAUCACAGUAAUCCUUGUUAGAGAAUCAAGCAUAAUUUCGCUCAUUGUAGGACUUGAUCUAUGGAGGCUCAUGUGGACUCACAGGAUCCUCCAUAGACCCCAGUGUUGUACCCUUUCACAUAGGCAAAAGUACAGCAGUGACACGGCUCCUUAGCAAAUGAAACAUCAUGAGUUGAAGAAAGUGCCAGGAAGAAGAUGGAGGUAGAAAUAAAGGACAGCUCCAGGUAAGUAUAUUUACUUUCCACUGUACCCCUAAGUGGAGAUGGCACUUUCAGGGAUCUUCACUUUUAGAGUAUGUAAAACCCAAUCCGUAAUGGUGAUCAUUCUGAAGAAUAGAAUAUUAGAAUAUAGUUGUUUGCCAACACCCAUGGAAAAACUGGGACACUUCAAGCACCAUAACCCUGUAGUUAGCUGUACUGGUUAAACUGCCACAUUGUAAGUAUGCAGAAUGUUUUGAACAAUUUGAUUUCUUGAUCUGGGUUCUGGCAGGUUCUGCUCCCUGCCUCCAGAUAGAGAUGCAUUAAAUAGUUGCACAUGUGUAAUAGGGGAAGCAUUGGAUUGGUGAGAUCAUCAAGAUUAAAGGAUCACUAUAGUGUGAGGAAAACAAAGCGGUGUUCCUGACACUACACCCUGUUCCAAAUUAUUAUGCAAAUGAUAUUUUUCUCAUUUACCUAAAUAAUAGAUGUAAAUAACAGUCAGCAUAAUUCUCAUGUUAUCAACUAUUAAGAGUACAAUUCAAAUUUUAUUGAACAAACCUCCUAAUGAUAACAGUAUUUUCUUAAAUAUAAACUUACAAUGCACUGUUAUUAUUACGCACAGUAAGUUUCAAAACACUUUAUAGGUUGUAAAGAACUGAACAUUGUAAUUUGCAGCAUAUUUACUGAAAUCAAAAGCUAUUUCAAUCAAACUUAUAACAACAUUUUAACUUUUUAAACAUUUUAACAGGUCACGUUACAUUUUAACAUAUGACCCCUUAUUUGUUAGCAGCUUCACAAGUCUUGCAUCCAUUGAACUUGUUAGUUUUUGGACAGUUUCUGCUUGAAUUUGUUUGCAAGAUGUCAGAAUAGCCUCCCAGAGCUGCAUACAUAGCCUUCUAGACGAUGCCUCCUGUGCCUCCUGUGUGUGAUUAAAGUUCAAUUUACAGAGCAGGAGAUAAAAACUUCUAAAGCAAGUUAAAAUCUAAUUGAAAAUUAAACUAUUUUGUAUGAAAGAUCUGUGAGUCACAGGGAGGUGUGGCUAGGACGGCAUAAACAGAAAUAAAAGUGAUUUAACCCCUAAAUGGCAGAGAAUUGAGCAAUGAGACUGUAGGGGCUUGAUAUAUAUACCAAAACUGCUUCAUUAAGCUUAUGUUGAUGCCUAUAGUAUCCCUUUAAUAUGUGGAGUGAUGUGUCAUGAUUGUGGAUAAUUUUUCUGGUUUCCAAAUGUUGGCACCAGUUGGUUAAUUAUAGGGACAUUUGUCAAGCUCUGGCCUAAAAUGUAUUUCUUUUAUCUCUCAGCUUUUAAAAGGAGUAACCAUAGCAAGUGGUGGUGUUUUACCAAAUAUACAUCCAGAGUUAUUAGCAAAGAAGCGGGGAUCCAAAGGAAAAUUGGAGGCUAUCAUUACUCCUCCACCAGUUAAAAAAGCAAAAACACUGUUGCCGAAAAAAAUAACUUCAAAGAAACCUGGAGCCAAAAAAGGAGUGAGAAAAUCAAAGGUAUUUUUGAACAAAACUCAUGUUUUCUAAAAUGCCAUUUUGUUUUUUUUCUCUAACAUACCAUGUUUUUCAGAAGAUGCAUUGGAAUAUAAGACACAUCCAUAUAUUUACCAAAUGAACCUGUACCAUAAUUACAGUAAAUUUCAGAUUAAAAGUACACUGUAGUCACCAAAACAACCUUUGCUGAAUUAAGCAGUUUUGGUGUAUACCGUGUUUCCCUGAAAAUAACACAUCUCCUGAAAAUAAGCCCUAGUCACUUUUUUGCAUAGAUUUGCAGGAUUCCAUUCGCGAGUAAGCAAAUCUAUGUUCGGGAAAGAUUCCAAGAACAUAGAUUUGUGGGAUUCCAUAUACUAUUGAACUGGUUAUGUUUGGGGGAAUUCCCCCGAACGUAGACCUGCUUUCUACCGCAUGCUUGCUACUGUGUUUUCCUGAAAUAAGACAUCCCCCAAACAUAAGCCCUAGUGCGUUUUUCAGAGGAAAGUUAAUACAAGACCCGGUCUUAUUUUUGGGGAAACAUGGAAUAUCAUGCCCCUGCAGUUUCACUGCUCAAUUCCAUGCCACAUUCCACUUUUUUUUUUUUACACAGCCCUGGGCUUACCUCUCUGCAUGUGACUUAGGCAGUCUUCCUAAACACUUCCUGUAAAGAGUCAUCUAAUGUUUACACUUUAUUGCAAAUUCUGUUAAUUUAGAAUCUCUUAUCUUCUGCUUUGUUAAUAGCUUCCUAGACCCUGCAGGAGCCUUCUAUAUUUAAUUAAAUCUCAAUGUACAGAGCAGGAGAUAUAAACAUUUAAAGUAAGUUACAUUUGAUUGAAAAUAAAACUAUUUUGUUUCCAUGCAGGCUGUGCCAGUCACAGCCAGGGGAUGUGCUACUAGGGCUACAUAAACAGAAACAGCAGUGAUUCAUCUCCUAAAUGGCAGUGAAUUGAGCAGUGAAACGUUAGAGGCAUGAUUUAUACACAAAACUACUUCCUUAAGCUAAAGUUGUUUUGUUGAGUUUAGUGUCACUUUAAAUGUUUUGAGGAUGCAGCAUGUUCAGGUAUAGGAAAAUGUAGCAAGUGUGUGUUUUUUGGAUGCAGUGUGUGGAAUAGUGUGUAUAGUCAUGGAAACAACUACAAGCGUAAUAUAGUUCUUCUGGUGUGUAUAGUAUGUCCCUGAAGACUUUUUAAUGUAAACUCUGCCUAUCACUCAGACAGUCACUAGAGGUGCUUCCGAGGUCAGUGCUGCACAAUGCGCAGCACUGACAUUUAGCAUCUCUAUGUUCAUGGAGGCGCUGAAAGUUCCUUAUAGAAAUGCAUUGACUUUUCCUUGGGAAAGAAACUGAAUUGGCUCACAUUGUCAAUUUUGAUGAUCUCAAACAAGGAGUAAAGUCACCUUUUACCUUUCUAACAGUAGGGCUGACCACUUAAACUGCACUUUUCUAACUAUAGUGUCAGGAAUACAUGUUUGUAAAUAAGUAUUUUGACUACUGCAAUCUGCUUCUCACUGGUCUUACGUGCUUCCAAUUUGCCCCAUUGCAGUCUAUAAUGAAUGCGGCAGCGAGGCACAUCUUCCUGUCCGCCCAAGCCUCACCUCUCUGUCAGUCCCUGCAAUCUGGUUCUUGUUUUCAAAUCUCUACAUAAAGCUACUUCCACGUAUCUAUCCUCCCUAAUACAAAAGUAUGUCCCGUCUAGGCCCCUACGCUCUGCCGAAGACCUGCAUCUAUCCUCUGUUUGUACUCCCACCUCUGAUGCUCGUAUCCAAGACUUCUCUAGGGCUCAACUGUUCCUGUGGAUCUCCCUUCCCUUUUUCAGUUAGAUGCUCACACGGUCUCCACUCCUUCAAAAAAUCAUUAAAAACUCACUUUUUCACAAAAACAUAUCCCCUCUGUUUCUGUGUGUCUAACUUGUCUGGUUACAAUCACAUGUUUGUUAGUCCACCCAUUGUAUAGGGCUACAUAAUUUGUUGGCGCUGUAUAAAAAUAAUAAUAAUAAUAAUAAUAUAUAUAUGUAUAUAGAUAUAUAUUUAUAUAUACUUAUCUAUCACUGUAUACCAUAUGAAAUGUAGAGACAUUUAUUGAAGAAGAAAAAUUGUGACGCCUCAGUGACCCUUCAAAGUGGACACUUUGGCACCUCACACAGUUUCCAGCGUCUUUUCCACUGUUCAAAAUACUCUGCAAAAUUCUGUGUUGAAAUCGCCAUUAGCUUCUAGAUCAGUCACUGAUCUUUGUUGCUGUAAUCCUGAGUGAGAUUUGAGACAUUGCAAGUUAUUAGGGUAACCUGGAAAAAAAAAAAAGGAUUGCAUUUCACUUGUUUCAGUUUUGUUUGCAUUUGCACUUCUAAAAAUGUUUUUUUUUUUUUUUGUUGCUUUUAUUUUUAUGGGAAUAUUUUAUGUGCAUUUAGAAGAAGCAGGGAGAAGUCAGCAAAGCAGCAAGUGCAGAUAGUACGACUGAAGGAACACCUGCAGAUGGAUUUACUGUUCUUUCAACAAAAAGCCUUUUCCUUGGACAAAAGGUAUGCAUUUUGCUCAUAGCUAAAAGGACACCUCUCUAUGUAUAUAUUACAAUUUGUCACCAAAAAGAUCAUAUUUUUUUAUUUGCGUGCAUGUUUUGGCUAUACCAAGACGCUACAUUAUUAUUUUAUUUUUUUAUUUCAUCAUCUGUUGGUAUACACACGCACACACACACAAACAACCAACCCUCUCCCCCCACCCCCCCAACCCCAAAUUGUUCAAGCUGAUAAAACUGAUGAUACACUGAGUAUUUUGAAUUUUUGGCUACAUAUACAAUAUAUAUUUGUAAAAUUUCAUGGCCGUGUUUGAAUCUGUAUGUCUGUACAUCUGUAUGUGUGCCAGUGUAUAUGCGUGUGUGCAUCUGUAUGUGGCAGUGUGUGUAUCUGUAUGUGAACUAACAUGCAUCUGUAUGUGUAUCUGCAUGUAUUUGUACCUAUGUGUUUCAUUGUGAGUAUAUGUAUAUCUGUAUGUGUGCCAGUGUUUGUAUCUGUAUGUGUGUCACUGUUUCUAUCUGUGAAUCUGCAUGUGUGUCAGUGUUUGUAUUUGUAUCGGUCUCUCUUUAAGUGAUUUUGUGUGUGUUAUUCUGUAUCUGUAUGUUUGUAUCUGUGUGUCUAUGUAUCUGCAUGUGUGUCAGUGUGUGUAUCUGCCCUGUAUGUAAAUGAGCCUGGGGCAAAGAAAAGGAAAGAUAGGGCAGAGGAAAACAUCUCCCUCUCCUGUCACAGAUAUGUGUGUGUGUGUGUGUGUGUGUGUGUGUACAGGUGAUACUCGAAAAAUGAGAAUACCGUGCAAAAGUUAAUUCAUUUCAGUAAUGCGUAAAAGGGGAAACUAAUAUAUGAGAUAGACGCAUUACAUGCAAAGCAAGAUAGUUCAAGCCGUGAUUUGUCAUAAGUGUGAUGAUUAUGGCUUACAGCUCAUGAAAACCCCAAAUCCACAAUCUCAGUAAAUUAGAAUAUUGUGAAAAGGUGCAAUAUUCUAGGCUCACUGUGUCCCACUCUAAUCAGCUAAGUAAGCCAUAACACCUGCAAAGGGUUUCUGAGCCUUUAAAUUGUCUCUCAGUCUGGUUCAGUAGGAAUCACAAUUAUGGGGAAGACUGCUGACUGGACAGUUGUGCAGAAAACCAUCAUUGACACCCUCCAUAAGGAGGGAAAGCCUCAAAAGGUAAUUGCGAAGGAAGUUGGAUGUUCCCAAAGUGCUGGAUCAAAGCACAUUAAUAGAAAGUUAUGUGGAAGGGAAAAGUGUGGAAGAAAAAGGUGCACAAGCAGCAGGGAUGACAGCAGCCUGGAGAGGAUUGUCAGGAAAAGGCCAUUCAAAAGUGUUGGGGACUUUCACAUGGAGUGGACUGAGGCUGGAGUCAGUGCAUCAAGAGCCACCACACACAGACGGAUCAUGGACAUGGGCUUCAGAUGUCGUAUUCCUCUUGUCAAGCCGCUCCUGAACAACAAACAACGUCAGAAGCGUCUUACCUGGUCUAAAGAAAAACAGACCUGGUCUGUUGCUCAGUGGUCCAAAGUCCUCUUUUCUGAUAAGAGCAACUUUUGCAUCUCAUUUGGAAACCAAGGACCCAGAGUCUGGAGGAAGAAUGGAGAGGCACACACUGCAAGAUGCUUGAAGUCCAGUGUGAAGUUUCCACAGUCUGUGUUGAUUUGGGGAGCCAUAUCAUCUGCUGGUGUUGGUCCACUGCGCUUCAUUAAGCCCAGGGUCAACAAAACCGUCAACCAGGAUAUUUUGGAGCACUUCAUGCUUCCUUCCGCAGACGAGCUUUGUGGGGAUGCUGACUUCAUUUUCCAGCAGGACUUGGCACCUGCCCACAUUGCCAAAAGCACCAAAGCCUGGUUCAAUGACUGUGGGAUUACUGUGCUUGAUUGGCCUGCAAACUCGCCUGACCUGAACCCCAUAGAGAAUCUAUGGGGCAUUGCCAAGAGAAAGAUGAGAGUCAUGAGACCGAACAAUGCAGAAGAGCUGAAGGCCGCUAUUGAAGCAUCCUGGUCUUCCAUAACACCUCAGCAGUGCCACAGGCUGAUAGCUUCCAUGCCACACCGCAUUGAGGCAAUAAUUGCUGCAAAAGGGGCCCAAACCAAGUACUGAGUCUAUAUGCAUGCUUAUACUUUUCAUAGGUCCAAUAUUGUUCUAUGUACACUCCUUGUUUUAUUGAUUGCAUGUAAUAUUCUAAUUUACUGAGAUUGUGGAUUUGGGGUUUUCAUGAGCUGUAAGCCAUAAUCAUCGCACUUAUGACAAAUCACGGCUUGAACUAUCUUGCUUUGCAUGCAAUGCGUCUAUCUCAUAUAUUAGUUUCCCCAUUUACGUUGCAUUACUGAAAUAAAUGAACUUUUGCACGAUAUUCUAUCACCUGUAUGUGUGUGUAUAUAUAUAUAUAUAUAUAUAUAUGUGUGUGUGUGUGUGUGUGUGUGUAUAUAUAUAUAUAUAUAUAUAUAUAUAAAUGGAACAAAUUGAGAGCACUCAUUGGAUUUAGUAAACAAAAAAAUAUAUUAAAUCAAACGCAUAUAAAUCAACGUUUCGACCGUCUAGCGGUCUUUAUCAAGAUAUAUAUAUAUAUGCGCGCCUGGGACAGAUGAGGUAGCAUACAUAUGAACGUGGAUCAAGCACUUACUCUCGUGGUCUUGUCCUUGCCUGGGUGCAAAUCCCUUAUGUGAAAAUAUACGUAUCAAGGAAGCUGCACUCACAGGACUUUGUAAAAAAUCUUGAAGUUUUAUUGUGCUAAUAUACAUCAGAAAAUGUGUCGACAUUUCAGUCCUCUACAGGACUUUUCUCAGGACAAGUUUCAAUGCCAAAAACAGAGUUUAUUUCACCUAUUUAAACUCUGUUUUUGGCAUUGAAACUUGUCUUGAGAAAAGUCCUAUAGAGGACUGAAACAUCAACACAUUUUUUGGUGUAUAAUAGCACAAUACAACUUCAAGAUUUAUUUAGAAAGUUCUGUGAGUUCACCUUCCUUGAUUCCUUGAUACACAUACAUAUAUAUAUAUAUCCUGCGAUGGAUAUAUAAAGAAAAAUCAUAAAGGUGCAUAACUGGAUUUAGAAAUUUAAACUUAAUUUAUUGUGCAAAAAAAAUGUUGAAAGGAUCGACGUUCUCAAGAUCAGAACUUUGCAGUUUAUAAACAGUGCAAAUAUACACAUUGAUUCAAAUAAACACUUACAAAUAGAUGUGAAGUGACUCUCCACCGCCCGAUCGUUAACCCGGAAGUGAUGGAAGACCACGUGUGACGUCAUUACGCUACGUCCCCUAAGAAACAGUAGUGAUGGGCAACCAAACACCCGUGAAUAAUACUAAGAGCCAAAGACAGCUCUUCCAAUAUAGAGGAUUACACUAAUGAUACUUGACAGUGCAGGUAGCAAUGAACAUAAACAAAGACAGAUGGAUUUUAAGAAUAAGAUACUGACAGACAUCUAUAGUCCAUCCCGACAUAUGGAGGACUCUGCAGAAAAGCCACUUUAGUGAUAUCAUCUAAUUAAUAGUCAUUUUUCAGCAUCUAGCCACAAAAGAAUAAAUCAAAUCAAAAUACACUUUAUGGUGAAUAAACAAUUAAAGAAACAUAGAGAACACUAUGUUCUCAUUUAAACCAUAUGGGGAUACGGUAUUCAAAUGAUGUAUCCAAUAUGCCUCACGUUGCAACGUCUUAGAUCUGUCUCCCUCACGGGGUAAAAGGUGGACAUGAUCAAUGGCAAUGAAUCUGAGAGAUGGGAGAGGGUGCCACAUGGUCAGAAAAUGCUUAGCGACUGGUUUAUCAAUCUUUUCAUCCCUGUAUGCAGUAUUGAUAGUUGAGCGAUGUCCUCGAAUGUGGUCUCUGAGCGUUAGGUCUGUCUUGCCAAUGUAUGCUAGUCCACAUGGGCAGUAAUCAAGUAGAUCACCUGGUCUGUUGUACAGGUUAUAUAUUGCUUGAUGGGAUAACUUUUGCCACUGUGUGGAUGUGCAAAUGUUUUCCCCCUAAUCAUAUGGCUGCAGGUAACACAGCCUGCACAUUUAAAACAGCCUAAUUUUGUGUUUGUCGUUGAAUUCUUAUAGCAAUGUAUAGGAUCUCCCUUAACUAAUAAAUCACGAAGAUUCUGGUUUCUCUUGUAACUAAUGAUCGGUUUUCUAUGGAAUUUAGCUGGUAGACUUGGACUAGCAUACGCUGGCAAGACCGAAAUAACGCUCAGAGACCGCAUUCGAGGACAUCGCUCAACUACUGCGACUGUGACUUUUGCCACAGUUUGGAUAUCCUUGUAGGAUUUUUUACUCUCUAAAUAACUCUAUUUAUAUACAGAGUUUUUUUGAGGAGGCUAUUUAUCACAGUUUAUGCACGGCUUAUGCACGGUUUAGAUUUUUUUCACACUUUCACUUUGGUUUGUACUUAUACAAUAUAGCUUCCCUGGUACCCCUGUAAUCCUCUGUCUCGGAAGAGCUGUCUUUGGCUCUUAGUAUUAUUCACAGGUGUUUUGGUUGCCCAUCACUACUGUUGCUUAGCUACCAUAGUAUCCACGUUGUGGACGUAGCAAAAUGACGUCACACGUGGUGUUCCCUCACUUCCAGGUUAACGGAAGAGUAACUUCACAUCUGUUGGUAAGUUUUUAUUUGAAUUAUGUAUAUAUUUGCACUGUUUAUAAACUGCAAUGUUCUGAUCUUGAGAAAGACCUUAUAUAGUUCGAAACAUCGAUACUUUGAAAAAAAAUUUUGCACAAUAAAUUAAGUUUACAUUUCUAAAUUCAGGUGUGCACCUUUAUGAUUUUUAUAUAUAUAUAUCUGGGACAGAAAAGGGAGAUGUUUACCUCUGCCCCAUCUCCCCCUUUUCUCUUCCCCAGGCAGAUACAGACACAGAUACAAACACUGACAUACAUUCAGAUACAGACACACACACAGAUAUAUAUGCCUCUGGCAAAAGAGGAGCAGGGGAGCCUGGGUCAAAGGAGAAGCAGGGGGAGAGCCUAGGGCAGAGAAGAAGGGGAGAUGGGGCAGAGGAAAACAUACACAUUUGAAAUAACUGCAACUAUAUUAAUUACAAACAUUUCACUAAUAUGAAGGCUACAAUUUAUGUAAAUAAGCCAGCAAGGGUUGCACAAGUGAAACAAGGUUGGGGACCACUGCACAACAGCAUGCCGUAGUGGUUAUGGUGAUUGCAUUGUUCCUUUAAGUGCCUAUUGGUUCACUGGCCACUGCUAAUUUUAGUGAGUCUCAGCCGACCACAUUACUGCCAUUGGGUCCCAAAUUGAGAAACAUAUCUAAAACUUUAAUGCAGUUUACACGACUGCAAAUUAAUGAACACGUUUAUUUUCUCCUUUUUUACAACUUGUGAAUAAUGCAAUACUUGGGGUUUCUUAAAUGCUAAAGUUAUUCGUUACUGCAUACCAACCAUAGCAUAAGUCAGUAUGCCUUAACUACAUUAACCAUAUGAUUUUUGACUGGCAAGGUGUCGUGGCUGCUAAAGUAAAUACCCACAGAACUGUAUACAGAUGUGGUAAAAGUUUAUCAAUAAACUUGUUGCAUAAAGAUUUAUCCAAAAAGAAUACUACUGGGAUGUCUAUUUCAUUCCUCAAAGGACGAUUGGUAUUUCAGUGGGUUUUUUUUAGCGAUACACAUUAUAAUUAACCAAUUAGUUUUGCUUUGCCUAGCAUGAAGGUGAAUACUUUAGUAGGUAUUGCAAUGAAAACAGGCUGAACUAGGACUCUUGAGGAUUUGAGCAAAAUAGUUCUGUUACGGUGGCAGAUAAUCCUUCAAUAUUUUAUUGAUAUUUUGUGGAGCUUAGAACUUUAAAGAAAAUGUAAUCCUGUGUUUUUAAAAGCAAAUGAAACAUUGGAUGAAUAAAUCCAACACUAAUCUCUAGUGCUUCAUUUCCACAAACAAAUCUAAUAUGUGCAGAACUCCAGCUGCUCAUUUGGAACUAGAAUUCAGAUACAUUGUAUUAUUUCCUCUCCAGUAAUUUUACACCUUGGGAUUUAAGAUUCUGUGUAAAUCACACAUUCAAACAAUGAUAAAUGUGUGUACACACAGUAUAAAUACUCACAUGUAAUACCUGCAUACACUAACUGGAACAGCACAACCACUAUUGCAAAUAUAAAAAAAAAAAAAUUAUAUAUUUUAAAUCUCUGUAAAUUAAUGCAAAGAACAACAAAUAAAUUAAAUCUAGUCAUUGAGAAAUCUGUUAAUUUUUGCACACCUAUGUCUUAACAUAAACUGUUUAUUUUUCUUAAGGAUGUAGCGUUAAUAUUAUUUCAUGUUUUGUUUUGAAAUUUUACUUUGAUACUUUUUUGAUUUGCUGUGUUUUUGCUUCUGGCUAUGUUGCUUGCUGUAUUUCUGUUAUUUUCUGAACUUUUCCUGUCGCCCUAUUACUUCCCGCCUCGUGCUUUUCUUUUCAGCUGAAUCUAAUUCACAGUGAAAUCAGUAAUUUAGCUGCAUUUGAGGUGGAGGCUGUUAUCAACCCUACCAAUGCUGACAUUGACCUUAAAGACGAUAUAGGUAAAUGGGGCUUGGGGUUGAUAUAGCUAAUGGCCAAGUGAUAAUUAUAGAUUUAAAAAAUAUGUUCCAUUUCUAAAAAAAAGUAUAUAACUUUAGAUAUUGCUGUUCGUCAAGAUAAAAUAUGCAUAAUAUAAACAAUUACCGGUAAGUGUAAUCUAGCUUAAUAAUUUUGGCUGCCUCACAUUUUUAAGCUUUAUUACCAUUUUUUUAUGUCUAUAAUUAUCUUAUGCUGUUAGCUGCUUCUUAACUUGAGUUUUGUGCUUGCGUCUAGUUUCACAAAAGGUAGUUUCUCCAUUGUACCUAGGCAAAAUGUAUUUUUAAGUAGAAAGGACUACUAGAAUGAUAUAAUACUCCAAUCGAAACAUAAAUAAAUGGCAACAAUCUGAGCAGUUAUUUGAGGUUGGCAAUGUAAUAUGCAUGGGAAAACCAUUGUGAACUUUUACUAAAUGUAAGUAAAAUACUGGAAAUUUACAUUCUGAAGAAGAUUUGAACCAUAAAACUAAGGAAUGGUUUAAUUGAUUCUAUAGCAAAAUAAGCAUAACUGUUGUUCCAUUUAAUACAAUUCAUGCUAACAUCAUAAUUCCUUGCAAAAUUAUUGUAUGUAGAAAUUAAGAUUAGAGCAGAAAUAUAUCCAUAGCAAUAAAGUAGAGAUUGUAGCUGUAUUAGUCCAGUGAUGUAGAUGCAAAAAACAGAUAAAAUUGAAGAAUGUUGUAAUGUAAUGCUUUCGGGAGAACCUCCCUUUCUCAAUUCUAAAGCAUUUCUGAAUUCCUUUGCGGUAGUAACAUCACUGCAGAUUUGUGAUUUCUGUGGGAAAAGCAAGUCUUACGGCUUCACUCGUGUUCAGAUUUUUGUUUAACAUUGUAUUAACUAUCCACAGACUUCAGGUGGAAGGGGUUUUCAAUCACAAUGCUUUCCCACCAUAACCUUUUUGGUUUUAGCUUCCAAAACAUUUCUUAGCAAAGACGAUACAGAAUUCAAAGUUAAGUUGUGAUACAGGGGUUAAAGCGACAUGAGUGCAGAUAAGACACAGGUUUGAUAGAAAAUACGUACCAUUCUCGCAGAGGGCCGUAAAUAUCUUGUGUGAGGAUCACAGAGUGAGGGGGAGAGAGAAAAGAAACAAGCAAACAGUGUAGAAAAUGGUGCUAGAACGGGAGAGUAAAACAUUUUUAAAUUACUUUUAUUAGAGAUGAAUUCCCAUCAAUGAGUUACAGAAUAUGCAUGAAGGCAUAUCACUGGACUAAUACAGCUACAAUCUCUACUUUAUUGCUAUGGAUAUAUUUCUGCUCUAAUCUUAAUUUCUACAUACAAUAAUUUUGCAAGGAAUUAUGAUGUUAGCAUUAAUUGUAUUAAGUAUACACAAGUACAUACACAAUAUACACAAGUACAUACAAUGAUAUACAGCAUUACAGAUGCAUAAUAAUAUAGGUAAGGUUUUAAUUCCAAACCACAAGUAAUAUAGGCAUGACUGCUCUACCAUUGUGAUCCAUUCUUUCAGCGUGGCUGAAUAGGACUUUUAGUCUCUUCACAUGGAAAUAACAAAUCAGACUGACUUGAUGCCCACGUGCACCUGCUCGCCGGCUUGUGCUCAGUCACUCACAUAAUUGCAGGAUCCUCCUAGACUGUUUGAUUGACAGUCAGGGGAGAGUACCCAAGUUAAUUUAUAAAAGUGCUGAUGUCUUAAAAAAUAUAUAAUUUUGCUACCCUAACUGAUGUAGGACGUCCUCACGCUUUGCAUGAGGACAUCCAGCGUCACCGAAAACCCCAUAGGAAAGCAUUAAACAAUGUUUUCCUAUUGGGGAAGUCCUAAUACUACUUUUUGAUAUGUUUUGGCCUCAUUAAUAUGUUAUUUUUUUAUUUUUUUUUGCAUAAAAUAAAUAAAUGUUUUGCAGAAUGCUGCACCAUAAGUCUGCCUGUUUAUCCACAACCCCUCUAUACAGAAAAAUGUACACAGCUCAACCACUUACAGUACUGUAUGAUCUGAAAUGCAAAACAAUCUGCAUUAGAAGGAAAGGGCAUCUGAGGAGGCAUACAGUAAGGAUAUCAAUACAUGUUUGUAGAUUUUAUCACUGUUUGCGGGCAGGUUGUAAAUAAAAAGCUGCUCACACAGUGCUGGUGAAGUGGAGACUCCUUUGAAGUCUUUUUUGAAUGAGAAGCAUGGCUAAAGAGGCAGACUUGUGGUGCAGAAUUCUGCAACACAAUUUUUUGUGCACAAAAAAAAAGAUUUGAACAUACAAACAAAAUACAGUAUAUUAAUGAGACCAAAAUAUAUCUGCAUUAAACUUGUAUUGUGUCCCUUUAAGAGUUUUAUAAAACAAUAAAUAGUUGCAGCGCACUCAGACUACAUAACAAUAUAUAAUACAAAGAAGGCUACUAAAAUGCCUAUCUGAGAAUAAAUAUGGGGAUUUAGUUCCACCAUAUGGCCAUAUGUUGUUAAGCCCACCACUACUUUCAAAGUACCCCAAUAUUGGUGGGUCCUACGCUAAAAAUGUGGGGGAACAAAUUAAGAGUUUUAGUCCACAUUAUCAUGUAAUUUUAACCCCUUAAGGACGGCGGGGGGCGUUCUAUGCCGUCCUUUUUGGGGUGGCUCUAAACGCCGGAGGGCGGGAUAGAACGUCCCUGCCGUCCUUCAUACUCACUCGCAGUGGAGUACAUACCAGGGUCGCGACCCGGUAUGUACCCACAGGGCCAGCCUCUUCCCCUGGGGGGCCCAGGAGCCGACCACCCCAGGGCCCCCCGAGGCUGGCCCUGCUGUCACCCGGCAGGCAGGUGGCCGGUCGGACAUGCGGGCGCGCGAGGGAGCACUCAGUGCUUCCUCUUCAGCUCCCUCGCGCACCGCACUGAUACCGGAGCCGGAAGAUAACGUCAUCUUCCGGCGCCGGCAUCCCUACUCAGCGCGCAAGGGAGCUGAAGAGGAAGCACUGAGUGCUCCCUCGCGCGCCCGCCUGCCCGACCGGCCACCUUCCCAGGAGCCCAGCAGCACCACUGGACCCCAGGGAAUCCCCCCAGCACUCCAAAAGGUAAGGAGGCUGGGAGGAUUACAUUAAAAAAAAAAAAACACAUGUGUUAGUGUUAGUGUUACAGUGUGUGUGAGUGAGUGUUAGAGUGUGUGUGAGUGAGUGUUAGAGUGUGUGUGUGUGAGUGUUAGAGUGAGUAGUGUUAGUGUGAGUGUUAGAGUGAGUGUUAGAAUGAGUGUCUGCUAGUAAGUGUUAGUGUGUGAGUGUUAGUGUGUGUGUCUGCUAGUGAGUGUUAGAGUGAGUAGUGUUAGUGUGUGUGUCUGCUAGUGAGUGUGUUACUGUGUGUGUCUUACUGAGUGUGUGUGUGUGUGUGUUAGUGAGUCUGUUUGCUGUCUGUUAGUGAGUGUGUGUUUGUCAAUGAGUGUAUUUUUUGUAAGUGAGUGUAUAUGUAUGUCUGUCGCUGAGUGUGUCUCUGUCAGUAAAUGUGUGUGUCUGUUAGCUAGUGUGUAAGCGUCUGUAAGUGUGUGUGUGGGUGUCUUCAGCACUUACCUUUCUCCAGCGCCGGACUCCCUUGGCGCUGGGGUACCCUCAGCCUCUCAGCUCCGAAUGCGACCGCGCACGCAUUCAAACCGACCAUAGGAAAGCAUUACUCAAUGCUUUCCUAUGGACGUUCAGUGUGCUCCUCUAGCGGCUGUCAGUGAGACAGCCACUAGAGGCUGGAUUAACCCUCAGUGAAACAUAGCAGUUUCUCUGAAACUGCUAUGUUUUCAGCUGCAGGGUUAAAACUAGAGGGACCUGACACCCAGACAACUUCAUUGAGCUGAUGUGAUCUGGGUGUCUGUAGUGGUCCUUUAAGUGUGUGUGCAUCUGCAUGCACUGGCGUACAUACCGCGGUCGCAGGGGUCGCAGCCCUGUAACCCCUGCGACCAGGUGCCCACCGCCAUUUGUUGCGGCCCGCGCCCGGGAGGGGACACAGAUCAAUUUUCGCACCGGGGCCCCAUGGGUCAUGUGUACGCCAGUGCUCACUCGGUCACCACUGAUCCCACGCCAGCGUCCGCGAUCCUGGGGUACAUAGUACUAUAGUGGUUACGGUGCUUGGCAUUUUCCCUUUAGUCCUCUUUUUGUUGAACUCAGAAUCACUGAGUUUUAGAAGUUUUACUUUAAGUUUCAAUUUAAGCUUUUUUGGUUUGACAAAGCUUCACCUAAUUACUGCUCAGAUGCCCUCAAAAUGUCAAAUUUCAUGUAUAAUCUUUUUUUUUGUUAAAACAGCUAAUAAUACACAGUUUAUAAAACAAAAUCUCAGAAAUGUUGUUAUGUAGGCAUAUUACUACAGAAAUCAUGAGAAAACUCCAAAUGGCAAAUUGUAUGUCCUGCACAACAUACCAAGUGUUAAUUAAAAAACAGUAGUGUCUCAAAUUGAGAAUGGAGAAACUGUCUUAUGUGUGCGUCUUAUAUAUGUGUUAUGUGGAUAUUUAAUACCUAUUUUUUUCACAGUCUGCACUUUUAAGUAAUCAAAAUUUAUACAGUUUUAGGUUUCACCAAAAGUUCUUCAUGAAAAAGAUCAAGUAAUAUCCACUAGUAUUUAUUUCACAUGCUAUUUAAAAAAGGAUCUGGUCUGUUUCUAAACUGUUGCUUUCAUUUACCAGAAUUCUCAGGCACCUAUAAUGUUUCAACACUUGCAAUCUUAUUCUCUAUUUGAAAGAUAUGUGGAAAAUCAAAAUCGUCAUUCAAUUUUAAAAAUAUCAAUACAUUGGAUAUUUCCUAGUUUUGAAUAUUAUGAAAUGUAUUGUUCACUAGUGCUUAUCAAUAGCAUAAAUCUGUUUUCUGAACUGUUCUGUACAAUUUUACAAUUCACAUGUGUUGGACCAUGAUUUCCUUGGAUCUUCAAAGGUAGGAAAAUAAGGAUUAAGGUAAAAGUCAUAAAUGUAGAAUAUGUUCUUUAUCCCACAUGGUUGACAUACAUUUGUUUGCCUAUUAUAGUUGCAAGUUGUAAAGGCUGACAUUGCCAACCUUGACAGUGAUGCUGUCGUUCACCCGACAAACUCUGACCUCUACACCGGUGGUGAAGUAGGUAAUGAAAAGUUUAGUGAUGCAGAGUUUUAUAUAUGUAUGCAUGGUUAAUUAGCAGCAAGAGCUUGCUUUAUUUCCAAGCUGCUCAAAUCUGCAUUUUGCUGAUUACUUUAUAACCUGAUUAAUUCACCUAAAAUAUAAUUUUCUUCCAAAGUCAAUCGAAACAUGCAGUUCCUUGUAUAGAACCAAGUGUCUGUUAUUAGAGCUGGAAUAUCUGGAUUUACUGCUUUACAUGUUUGAUUUCAAAGAGGAUAGCAGCCAAGUGUAGCUCAUGUAUUUACUUUGUUUGCUUAUCUAAAUAAAUAUAUAUACAUAUAUAUAUGUAUAUGUGUAUAUAUAUAUAUAUAUAUAUAAAUAUAUAUAUAUAUAUAUAUAUAUAUUAAUGAGAAUUGGCAAGGCAAUUGACAAUUAUAUGUCAUAGUACCCAAAAUGAAAACUUUUUCAAUUCCUCUACUUCUCCAAAUGACCUAUUUUGACAUAUAAUUUUUGGUUAUCCGUUGAGUGAAUAAACUUUAAAAUAUAUGGGUAUAUUCAAACAUGUUGGAUGGCUUCUUCAGCCUAUAUGGUAUAUCUUAGACCAUAUAAUACAAAUAUGUGAUCUUAUUCUCUCCAGUUUCAUCCAAAAAGAAGGGAUUCACAUGCUAAGUCAUCUGUUUAGUAGACAGUGAGGUUUUGGGAUGGGAAGGGGUUAUGUGCUUAGAAAAAAUAUAUUAUUUCAGCCACAGAGUGGUCUAAAUUUGAGAUACAGUGAGGGAAAAAAGUGUUUGAUCCCCUGAUGAUUUUGAAAAUUUUCCCACUGACAAAGAAAUGAUCUGACUAUAAUUUUAAUGGUAGAUGUAUUUUAACAGUGAGAGACAGAAAAAAAAAUUCAGAAAAGCGCAUGUCAAAAAAAUUAUGAAUUGAUUUGCAUGUCAAUGAGUGAAAUAACUAUUUGACCCCUCACUUAGUACUUGGUUGCAAAAUCUUGUUGGCAAUUACAAAGGUCAGACGUUUCUUGUAGUUGGCCACCAGGUUUGCACACAUCUCAGGAGGGAUUUUGUCCCACUCCUCUUUGCAGAUCCUUUUCAAGUCAUUAAGGUUUCAAGGUUGACGUUUGGCUCCCUUCACAGAUUAAGGUCUGGAGACUGGCUAGGCCACUCCAGGACCUUAAUGUGCUUCUUCUUGAGCCACUCCUUUGUUGCCUUGGAUGUGUGUCUUGGGUCAUUGUCAUGCUGGAAUACCCAUCCAUGACCCAUUUACAAUGGGUGAGGGAAGGAGUUUCUCACCCAAGAUUUGACUCUACAUCGUCCCUUUGAUGCUGUGCAGUUGUCCUGUCCUCUUAGCAGAAAAACACCCCCAAAGCAUAAUGUUUGAUGGUGGGGAUGGUGUUCUUGGGAUCAUAGGCAGCAUUCCUCCUCCUCCAACAACGGCGAGUUGAGUUAAUGCCAAAGAGCUCUAUUUUGGUCUCAUGGGACCACAACUCUUUCACCCAGUUCUCCUCUGAAUCAUUCAGAUGUUCAUUGGAAAACUUCAGACGGGGCUGUACAUAUACUUUCUUGAGCAGGGGGACCUUGCGGGCACUGCAGGAUUUUAGUCCUUCACAGCGUAGUGUGUUACCAAGUGCAAAAAAAUUAAGAUAGUUGUAGAAACAUAGAAACAUAGAAUGUGACGGCAGAUAAGAACCAUUUGGCCCAUCUAGUCUGCCCAAUUUUCUAAAUACUUUCAUUAGUCCCUGGCCUUAUCUUAUAGUUAGGAUAGCCUUAUGCCUAUCCCACGCAUGCUUAAACUCCUUUACUGUGUUAACCUCUACCACUUCAGCUGGAAGGCUAUUCCAUGCAUCCACUACCCUCUCAGUAAAGUAAUACUUCCUGAUAUUAUUUUUAAACCUUUGUCCCUUUAAUUUAAGACUAUGUCCUCUUGUUGUGGUAGUUUUUCUUCUUUUAAAUAUAGUCUCCUCCUUUACUGUGUUGAUUCCCUUUAUGUAUUUAAAUGUUUCUAUCAUAUCCCCCCUGUCUCGUCUUUCCUCCAAUCUAUACAUGUUAAGAUCCUUUAACAUUUCCUGGUAAGUUUUAUCCUGCAAUCCAUGAACCAGUUUAGUAGGCCUUCUCUGAACUCUCUUUAAGGUAUCAAUAUCCUUCUGAAGAUACGGUCUCCAGUACUGCGUACAAUACUCCAAGUGAGGUCUCACCAGUGUUCUGUACAAUGGCAUGAGCACUUUCCUCUUUCUACUGCUAAUACCUCUUCCUAUACAACCAAGCAUUCUGCUAGCAUUUCUUUUUGCUCUAUUACAUUGUCUGCCUACCUUUAAGUCAUCAGAAGUAAUCACCCCUAAAUCCCUUUCCUCAGAUGUUGAGGUUAGGAUUCUAUCAAAUAUUCUGUACUCUGCCCUUGGGUUUUUAUGUCCAAGAUGCAUUAUCUUGCACUUAUCCACAUUAAAUGUCAGUUGCCACAAUUCUGACCAUUUUUCUAGUUUACCUAAAUCAUUUGCCAUUUGGCUUAUCCCUCCUGGAACAUCAACCCUGUUACAUAUCUUAGUAUCAUCAGCAAAAAGACAUACCUUACCAUCAAGACCUUCUGCAAUAUCACUAAUAAAAAUAUUAAAGAGAAUGGGUCCAAGUACAGAUCCCUGAGGUACCCCACUGGUGACAAGCCCAAGCUUCGAAUAUACUCCAUUGACUACAACCCUCUGUUGCCUGUCACUCAGCCACUACCUUACCCAUUGAACAAUAUUGGAAUCCAAACUUAAAGAUUGCAGUUUAUUGAUAAGCCUUCUAUGUGCAACAGUGUCAAAAGCCUUACCGAAAUCUAGGUAAGCAAUGUCAACUGCACCACCCUGAUCUAUAAUUUUAGUUACCCAAUCAAAAAAAUCAAUAAGAUUAGUUUGGCAUGAUCUCCCUGAAGUAAACCCAUGUUUUCUCUGAUCUUGAAAUCCAUGUGUUUUUAGAUGUUCCACAAUCCUAUCCUUUAACAUGGUUUCCAUCACUUUCCCCACUACUGAAGUAAGGCUUACUGGCCUAUAGUUGCCCGAUUCCUCCCUAUUACCUUUCUUGUGAAUGGCACAACAUUCGCUAACUUUCAAUCUUCUAGGACUACUCCUGUUAAGAAUGAUUGGUUUAAAAAAAUCUGUUAAUGGUUUUGCUAGUACACCACUAAGCUCUUUUAACAGCUUUGGGUGUAUUCCAUCAGGUCCCAUUGACUUAUUUGUCUUUACUGUAAAUUCACAUGUAACAAAUGACUCAUUUGUCAUUUUUCCUAACUGAGGUCCCUUUCCUUCAUUUUCAUCUGUAAAUACUGAACAAAAAUUUUCAGUAUAGGCCAAGGUUCUAAAAUUCAUAAUAGCUAAGUUAGUACUUGGUGUGUCUCUUUAAGAGAUUGAUAGUCUAAAGUAGAUACCUGUUAUGUUGCCAUUACAUUAUUGUGGCUAGCUUUAUUAAACUGAUGAUGUGUUGGCUAUAUUGGUAGGUGCACAUCAAGAAUUAAAUCAAGAGGUGUAGUGCAUGGUUGUUUUUUUGGUUCAAUUGCCCUUGUUCUGUGUCAGUUUUUGCCUGCUAAUUGUGAUAACAUAUAUUUUAUUGACAGAUUAUAUUUUGCAAAAAAAUCAAACCACUAUACUUACUUGAGUACAGAUCCUCUGUUGCCUGUAACCAAUGUCAGUAAGCUGGACCAGCAGUGCAGAGCUUAGCUCAUUGCCUGAGAGCACCAUCAGGACUCAGCCCAGUGGAGUUUGCUUCAAGUGUAUAUGUCACCAAAAAUAAACUUAAAUUAAUCUUCUUCUAUAUGACAAACCAAAAAAAGUGUAGCACUCAGAAUAUUAUUAUUAAUUUGGGUUCUUCUAUGUAGCUCCCUAUGUCUUAAUCUCUUUUUAUUUUUUUAUUUUUUACUGAGCACUCUGAUUUUCAUAAAAUUCAUAAGUAGGGAUUAUUUUUCCUUAAUUAUAGCAGUCGUGUUUACAAUGCUGGCUUGUAUUGGUUAUGAUGCUUGGAGUGUUUCUUUUACUGAAUAGUCAUAGUGAAUGUAUCUCUCUCUAAUGGUAAAGGUCACUCUUCCUCUAAUCCGUUAAUGUACUGUAACUCAAGGCACCUAGUGCUGGCAUUAUUUUGUUCCUCACCACAUAAUGCAACAGAGAAAAGAAUGAUGGCACAAAAAAGGAGAAUGAGAAUUUUGCUCCCAAAUUGUAUAAUGUGGCCUCCACCUCUUGGUUAUGUUGGUGAGCUAUGUGAAUUUUAUUUCUGCAGCUGCUUGUUUUAUCAUUACAAUCUGGAAACAUUACAUAUUUGCUAACAAUGUGGGGCACAACCUGCCUAUACUGACACAUAUCUGGCAGAUCUAGUGACGAUGGCAGAUUAAAUUUUCACUUAAACUGAUGUCAUCUAAGUAAACCUACAGAAAGUGAAAUCGUCAAAAUUGGCAGCUAAUGCUUGAGUAUUUAAUGAACAGAACUCUGUGAGAACUGUGUGACAUUUUGUUCCAUUACCAAAGUGUUUUUUAAUACAUUUGGUAAUUCAGUCAAGGAUUCAAGCUUAUGAUUUUUACAGAGUGAAAUAAAUGUGCAACUAAUUGAUUUUAAUGGCUGUUUUGAGAUGUUAUUUAAGAAAUAUAAUUUGGCCAUGAGGAACAAUCCAAUUCUACAUUAUACCUCAAUUACUCUAACAGGAGACAUUUAGAACUGUCAUAAAAUACCUUAUUUUACAUUAAUUCAGGUAAACCUUAGACAUGUUCUGUGGCAUGAAAUAAAUAUCUUCCUUGUGUUUAUGUAAAGAAAAAAGUAUGUAAGUCUAGACAGGUGGUGGUCCAGUAUAAUUACUUUUGUUUUCAAAAUGUGUAGUAAUUUUAUCAUGCAUGAUUUGCACAUUUACAUAAAGUGCCUGAAUUUCUUACAAUUCCUCUAGUUAUAUAUUUUGUGAUUUUGUAUUCCAAAAAUAUCUGUAAAACAUGCCUGUUUAAUAAGUAUAUCUAUGUUUUAAAUUGCCUAAUAAGUUUCCAUUUACUUCAUUUUGGGAUUUCUCAAAAUACUAGCCGGUGCAAGUCAAAAGAACGAUAUUACAAUUUAAUAUAUUUAAUUAUAGAGAUUGAGUUUUAGAAAAAGCCAACUUACUCUUACUUGGUUCUCCAGGUUUCUUAUUCAAUGUUGGCGCAAUGCCCAAGCUUUAAAGCAUUAUUCAUUUCCUAAAUUGGUUUAGCCUUUUUCUUAUUUUUUAUUUUUUUUUAUUCAUUGCAUGCUAAUGUUAAUCUGUAAAGCUUCUUAUUUGAUCCAUGUCAAUUCAGAUUUUUCACUGUUGAUUAACUAGAGAAAUCCUAGAAUGUUGUAAAAUUCAUGGUGUACUGCAAGCUGAUUAUUAACAAGAAAGAUGAUAUAGAAUAUCUAAUCUAUUUGAGCUACAAAAUACAAUACAAAUAUCUAGAUUUCCUGUAUCCAUGCCAUUAUUAUUUUUUGACCUUCCAUAGAUUUGUCCAUGUAAAGUAUUUGCAUCAGUGUCCUCAAUUCGAACGUGUUUCUUAAUGUUUUGCCAAAUGAAAUAUGUUCUGCAUAAGAGCAACAUUUUUUGCUGAUUUGGCGAUUUUAACAAAAACAAAAUGGAUACAGUUUUUCUAGUUUUGAUUUUAUAUUGUAGUUUACCACACAGCUAAAGAAGAAAGGGUGAAUGAAUGAAAUAACACCUUUUAAAGUGCGAUAUAAUGAUAAACAUCUUCUUAUUCUCUUACUUUGUUCUUUUGUGUUUUUAGGCAAUGCCUUAGAGAAAAAAGGUGGAAAAGAGUAUGUGGAUGCCGUUAGUGAAAUGAAGAAAAAGAAUGGGCCUUUAGAUAUAGCAGGAGGUGAGACUUUGGUCAUUCAUCAGUACUUGUUUUGUCUUCAGAAGAAUGAAAUCACUAAACAUUUAGUUUUAGCUCAAAGUGCACAUUGCGACUGACACAUCGCAGUAAAGGGCCCCAAAACUCACUAAAACAACACGAUAUUGUAAUUUUCCUGUGCACAAAGCAUGGCAUGUGUAAUUUCCACUAUCUUCCCGCAGGCUAGGUUAUAUAUGUCAAUCACAAUGUGAAUUAUGGUUUUUAAUGCACAGUGUAACAUCACCCAGCAUGUAGUACAGUGUUUGAAAACCUCACCUGCCUCUUGCAGAGGCGUAACUAGAAACCACAGGGCUCUGGUGCGAAAAUUGCCCUAGGCCACCCAUCCCCACCAUAUGUCAUAUUCACGGGUGAGUGUGGCAUGGCUUGUGGGGAUGAGUAUGACAGAAUUGGUGGGGUGAGUGUGGCAGGGUGAAUAGGGGAAGAGAUAAGAACCAUUCGGCCCAUCUAGUCUGCCCAAUUUUCUAAAAUUAUCUUAUAGUUAGAAUAGCUUAUGCCUACCCCAUGCAUGCUUAAGCUCCUUUACUGUGUUAACCUCUACCACUUCAGCUGGAAGGCUAUUCCAUGCAUCCACUACCCUGUACCUGUUGCCUGUCACUCAGCCACUGCCUUACCCAUUCAACAAUAUUGGAAUCCAGACUUAAAGAUUGCAGUUUAUUGAUAAGCCUUUUAUGUGCAACAGUGUCAAGCCUUACUGAAAUCUAGGUAAGCAAUGUCUACUGCUCCACCCUGAUCUAUUAUUUUAGUUAUCCAAUCAAAAAAAUCAAUAAGAUUAGUUUGGCAUGAUCUCCCUGAAGUAAACCCAUGUUGUCUCUGAUCUUGCAAUCCAUGUGAUUUUAGAUGUUCAACAAUCCUAUCCUUUAACAUGGUUUCCAUUACUUUCCCCACUACUGAAGUAAGGCUUACUGGCCUUACCCGACUCCUCCCUACUACCUUUCUUGUGAAUGGGCACAACAUUAGCUGACUUCCAAUCUUCUAGGACUACUCCUGUUAACAAUGAUUGGUUAAAUAAAUCUGUUAAUGGUUUUGCUAAGCUUUUUUUCUCAUUGACUUAUUUGCCUUUUUUUUGACAGUUGAAAUAGAACCUCCUCUUCUGUAAAUUCACAUGUAACAAAUGACUAAUUUGUCAUUUUUCCUAACUGAGGUCCCUUUCCUUCAUUUUCAGCUGUAAAUACUGAACAAAAAUAUUAAUUUAGGCAGUCAGCUUGACCUUUAUCCUCUUCUACAUACCUUCCUUCUUUUGUUUUUAAUGUAACUAAUCCUUGUUUUACUUUCCUUUUCUUAUGUAUAUAUCUAAAAAAAUGUUUUGUCCCCUUUUUUUUUAUUGACUGUGCUAUUUUCUCUUCUGUGUGUGAUUUGGAAGCCCUUAUAACUUGCUUAGCUUCUUUCUGCCUAAUAUUAUAGAUCAUUCUGUCUUCCUCACUCUGUUUUUUUUUUAUAAUUCCUACAUGCUAACUUUUAGUUUUUUACUACUACUACAUCUACGGAGUACCACAGUGGUUUCUUGAAUUUUUUGCUUUUACUGACAAGCCUAAUGCAUUUUUCAGUUGCCUUCAGCAACUUUUAAAUAAUCCAAUUUCUCUUGGACUCCAUUUAAAUUGCUCCAGUCUGAUAAUGACUCCUUUACACAUAUUCUAUUUUAAGAAAAGUCUGUUUUUCUCAAGUAUAAAACUUUUGUUUUUGUGUGGUGUGACUCAGUCACUGUUCUUAAAUUAAACCACACUGACUGAUGAUCACUGGAUCCUAAACUUUCACUUUUUUUUCAAAUAUCUGAGAGAUUGAGGAGGGACAAAGCAGCCAGAUUAAACUGGUCUGGCAGUGUCCCUGGGACAACACCCUGCUGGAGAAACAAUAGGACAGGAAAAGGGAGAGGGGAAGAGGCACAUUUUCCCAUGGAAGUCACUUUUUAGCCUGUCUUUUUGCAGGGCCCAUUGUCUUGGGGCAAGAGGCUGGCAUGCAGGCCUCUCCAAAUCCCAAUGACGAAGGUUCUUUUGUCACAGCAUCCACCUGUCGUUCUGAGUGUUAUCCACAGGCAGAACUUCAGAGAAUGACAGUGUGGGAGCAACCUGCCGUAUAUCAUUGUCAAAAACACUAAAAACUUAAUUUACCUCUGAAACCUCAUUACAACCCAAGUCAUUUGUCCCUAGAUGGACAAGUACAUCCACUUCCCCUGCUUUGCUCGCUUAACAAUAUUACAAAUACGUCUCCUUUCUCUGUGAGCAGUAGCUCCGGGAAGACAUCUCACAAGACCACUAUUGUCCGGCUCCACACCUCUUAUGAUAGAAUCCCCAAACAACAACUGCUUUCUAUUAGGCCUCACCAUAGUCUUCAAGCCUGUCUCCAUAAUACCACUACACUCUGUACCUGAGAAUGUCUCCACAACACCACUACACUUAUGGUUGAACCUUUACUUGAAUACACAGAAAGUCCCCAUUCUUGGACCACUGUUGCUGAAGUUAGUAAACAGCACAUCAUUAUAAAAUUGUAAAUGUAAGUGCCUAAUAAACCCAGACUUGUCUUGUUGUCAGGGCACAACCCUGUCCCAUAUUCAUUAAUCCCUGCCAUUUUAUUGCAAAAGCAGUUGGAGACCAUUUUAACUACAAUAAUGUUUUCUGUCCUAAAUCUUCACUCUGCAUUCCUCUCUGGCUUUUUUUUUUUUUUUUUUUGGAAUUGACUUGCUAUUGCCAGGAUAUGAACUCAAACCGCAUAGUCUUCUGUUUACAAAACUCAUCCACUUCAUGUGUCCGUUGUCACAGGCAAACAUAACUGGGGCUUCAGCCCAAGGAGAGUCCAUUUUUAUUUGUUUAGUGUUCAAAAUUCUUUACUUUUAUGUUACAUUAUUACAUAAUUGCAAAAUCUGCAAUUGAAGGUGAUAUUUAUUGUAAUGCUGAGAGAGGAUAAACACCUCCAUCUGAACAUUUUCUGGGGACUCAAGGCUAAUAAGGAAUCGGUACUAAUAUUAGACCUGGGGCUUUUGCAUGAGUGUAGUCUGAAGUCAUUAUAAAGUAUAUACAGUAAAUGUAUCAAAAACAGCAGAGUGAUAACUGAGGUCCUCUAACAGCACUCUUUGCCUAUCACUUCUAUCCAGUUUUUUGUUAAGUUUUUCCAAAAACAAAGCAAAUUUAGGAAUUCAAAAGUUAGAGCUACUAGUUUAGGCCCAAAUCUCUAAAAGUUGUAGUGGAAGUGUGUGUUUAAUCUUGUAAAACAAUAUGACACACUUCAAUUAGUAAUCACUGUAUAAAGCUACUACUAGCUUAAUAAACAUUUAUUUGUUUAGCAUCAAGUAUAACAAAGCCACUAUGCAGUAUGGUCUUUUAUUUCCUAACUUAUGCUUGCACUUAGCACUCAGAACUAACAUGCCCGUCUUCUACCCCAGAAGAAACGAUUUUACCAUGAUUUGCUGCUUCUACAGGAAGAAUGGAUAGUGACCAGGUUUAGACCACUACAGCUCAAUGGUGGAAGUGGUGGAUCCGAUGGCUCACCAGUCAGCUCUUCUGCUGACAUUAAAAUCUCUGCUAUAUCUGUCUGAUGCCAACAAAUGACUUCAUGUGUCUUUGCUUCAGACAUCUACCCUCCCACUACCAUUUAAAAAAAAAAAAAUUAAUUGAAAAUACAAGUAGUCUUACAUAUCCAUCCUUAUAUACUAUUUUACCUUAUGGCGUUUGUAAUGCACUGUUGUAUGUGAGAUGUACACAUAUGGAUAAGAACAAGUCUGCCACCACACUGAUCUAGCUGAGCACAGAAUAAAUUUGAUUCAUCCUAAUGCCAUUCUCUAUUAAGAAAUAUAUAUAUGCUUUUUAUUUUAGUUUUUUUACCUGCUGAUUACAUUAAUAGCUGAAGCGGACAUGCCAACUUUGUUUAUUUUCCAAUAUGCUUAAAGUAAAGCUUUUCUGGUGUUCAUAAAUCCUAUUUUCUGCCUUUUCCUAUAUUAUGUGCAGGUGUUUCAUAAUCUCACUGAGACUCUGCACACUCUCAAAGCCCUAUUUCUUAUAAAUGUGAUAAUGGCAUGAGUGUAAAUCACAGACCUCUUCAACUUAACCUGCAAAGUUCAACAAAGCAGUGCGCCUCUUUCAGGGACAGCAUAACUUCACAGGCACACACCACAGUAAGAUUAGAACAGAGAGUAAAGAGUCCCAGUGUUAAGGUGAAGCACUUAAGCUGCCAUAUUGGCCACAUUUUGCAUAUAAUUCCCCAUCUGAUUACCCAAGUGUCAGGUUGUUUUAUUAGAUUUCUUGAAAAUUUAUGACACAUUCUCCAUGUGCCAAAUUAAACAGUGGGACAUAAAUUAGAGCAAAUUGGAAAUGUCUAGUUCCCAACCUCUUCAAUAUGCUGGGGAGCAACGCCCGAAUACAUAAUUAUUCUUGGUACUCUCAAUACCCUGUGAAAUUUAUUGGUGACCCUGGUUUUCCUGCAAGCACUUUCAUUUUGGCCCCUCACGAUGGCCCUUUUAUGUCUAUUAAAAGACUCUGAAAUAAAAAAAAAGGGUAAUGGCACAGAUGGAAAGAGUGUAUUGAGGAAAUAAAUGCAGGUUUUGGUCACUUCUGUGCUUCCAAAUGUAAUAUUUUCUAGCAGAUAUUACACUAUUAAUGCACAAUGAUGUUCUGGCAUGUUUACACUUAAUUUGUCAUAUUUGCACUACAUAAAAUGGUUCGCAAUCAUACAGAAAAGUAUCUACAGUGCCUUGCAAAAGUAUUCACACCCCCAUUGGCAUUUUUCGUGUUUUGUUGCCUCAAGACCUGGAAUUAACAUGGAUUGUUUGUGGAUUUGCAUCAUUUAAUUUACAGAACAUGGCCACAACUUUGGAGAUGUUUUUAUUUUUUUAUUUUAUUGUGAAGCAAACAACAAAUAGGACAAAAUAACAGAAAAUAACUAUUCACCCCCCCUUAAAGGCAAUACUUUGUAGAGCCACCUUUUGUGGCAAUCACAGCUCCAAGUCGCUUUGGAUAAGUCUCUAUGAGCUUGCCACAUCUUACCACUGGGAUUUUUGCCCAUUCCUCCUUGCAAAACUGCUCCAGCUCCUUCAAGUUGGAUGGUUUGCGCUUGUGAACAGCAAUAUUUAAGUCUCACCACAGAUUUUCUAUAGGAUUGAGGUCUGGGCUUUGACUAGGCCAUUCCAACACAUUUACAUGUUUCCCCUUAAACCACUCAAGUGUUGCUUUAGCAGUGUGUUUGGGGUCAUUGUCCUGCUGGAAGGUGUACCUCUGUCCUAGCCUCAAAUCACGCACAGAGUGGUUCAGGUUUUGCUCAAGAAUAUCCCUGUAUUUAGCACCAUCCAUCUUUCCCUCAACUCUGACCAGUUUCCCAGUCCCGGCUGCUGACAAAUAUCCCCACAGCAUGAUGCUGCCACCACAAUGUUUCACUGUGGGAAAGGUGUCCUUUGGGCGAUGUGAUGUGUUGGGUUUGCACCAGACAUAGUGUUUUCUUUGAUGGCCAAAAAGUAAAAUUUUAGUCUCAUCAGACCAGAGCACCUUCUUCCAUACAUUUUGGGAGUCUCCCACAUGCCUUUUCGCAAACUCAUAACGUGCCAUUUUGUUUUUUGCUGAAAGUAAUGGCUUUCUUCUGGCCACUCUGUCAAAAAGCCCAACUCUAUGGAGGGGACGACUUAUUGUCGUCCUAUGUACAGAUACUCCAGUCUCUGCUGUGGAACUCUACAGCUCCUCCAGGGUUACCUUAGGUCUAUGUGUUGCCUCUCUGAUUAAUGCCCUCCUUACGCGGUCCGUGAGUUUUGGUGGGCGGGCGUCUCUUGAUAGGUUUGCUGUUGUGCAUACAUACGCACAUGCCAAUUUUCUGUUUUCUAUUUCUAAAAAUUUGUUUUAUGUAUAUAUUUUUCUCAUUUCACUAUUGUGUUCUGAUCCAUUACAUACAAUUCAGAUUAAUAAAACAUUGAACUGUAAUGACAAUAAGGCUGUAAUGUAACAAAAUAGGUAAAAAGUCAAGGAAAGGCACUGUGUAUGAUGAAAAGGUAGUUUUAGUUCUGAAUAUAGCAGUUUAGAUAUUAGUCAAGUAUAAAAUUAUAAAUUCAUGGAGCACAGUGAGGUAAUGCUUAAAUACAUUCAACAUGCAUACAACACAAUCAACCUUUAUCACUGCUAAGUAGUUAAACAGAGAUUUAAUAUUUUACUUAUCUGCCAUAGAUAUUUAUUGCUACUAAAUUACAAUUGAGCUGUGCGUUUCUGAUUAGAGUGAAACAUCAAUAAAUGUUUACAUUAUGAAUGCAUUAUUAUUUCACUUUCAUUCUCUGUAGUUAUAAUUGAAGACAUGUAUACACUAAUUUCUGAUCGUUUCUUUACUGCAAAAGAAAAAUGAUGACAUACAGCUAGGGAUCGACCGAUAUUGAUUUUUUAGAGCCGAUACCGAUAAUCUGCGAACUUUCAGGCCGAUAGCCGAUAUCUUGCCGAUAUUCUGUACAUUUACUAUUUUGAAUAAAUAAACUAAUUCGAAAGGUAAAUGCACAAAAUAUACAUGCCACAUGUAGUGGAUGAAGUGUGUUUAGACAGGGGAACUGUGUGUGUUUGUGUAGUGUGUGUGUGUGUGUAGUGUGUAUGCAGAUGUGUGUGUAUAUAAUGCAGUGUGUUUAUGUAGUGUGUGUAUAUAAUGCAGUGUGUUUAUGUAGUGUGUGUGUAUAAUGCAGUGUGUUUUUGUGUGUGUAUGUAAUGCAGUGUGUGUGUGUAGUGUGUAUGUAUGUAAUGCAGUGUGUGUUUGUGUAGUGUGUGUCUGUAAUGCAGUGUGUGUCUGUGUAGUGUGUAUGUAAUGCAGUAUGUGUACUGUGUUUGUGUAGUGUGUAUGUAAUGCAGUGUGUGUAUGUAAUGCAGUGUGUGUGCAGUGUAGUGUGUGCAGUGUGUCUGUAAUGCAGUAUGUGUGCAGUGUGUGUUUGUGUAGUGUGUGUUUGUGUAGUGUGUAUGUAAUGCAGUGUGUGUGCCUGUGUAGUGUGUGUGUAUGUAAUGCAGUAUGUGUACUGUGUUUGUGUAGUGUGUAUGUAAUGCAGUGUGUGUAUGUAAUGCAGUGUGUGUGCAGUGUAGUGUGUGCAGUGUGUCUGUAAUGCAGUAUGUGUGCAGUGUGUGUUUGUGUAGUGUGUGUUUGUGUAGUGUGUAUGUAAUGCAGUGUGUGUGCCUGUGUAGUGUGUGUGUAUGUAAUGCAGUAUGUGUACUGUUUGUGUAGUGUGUAUGUAAUGCAGUGUGUGUAUGUAAUGCAGUGUGUGUGCAGUGUAGUGUGUGCAGUGUGUGUCUGUAAUGCAGUAUGUGUGCAGUGUGUGUUUGUGUAGUGUGUGUUUGUGUAGUGUGUAUGUAAUGCAGUGUGUGUGCCUGUGUAGUGUGUGUGUAUGUAAUGCAGUAUGUGUACUGUGUUUGUGUAGUGUGUAUGUAAUGCAGUGUGUGUAUGUAAUGCAGUGUGUGUGCAGCGUAGUGUGUGCAGUGUGUGUCUGUAAUGCAGUAUGUGUGUAGUGUGUGUUUGUGGUGUGUGUGUAGUGUCUGUCUGUGUAGUGUGCGUAUGUAAUGCAGUGUAUGUAAUGCAGUGUGUGUGUAUGUAAUGCAGUAUGUGUUUGUGUAGUGUGUGUGUGUUUGUGUAGUGAUGUAAUUUGUGUAAUUUUUUAUUUUAAUAUUUUUUUUAAUAUUUAAUUUUUUUUUUUGUUUAGUCCCCCCCCAGUGUGUGUUUGUGUAGUGUGUAUGUAAUGCAGUAUGUGUGCAGUGUGUGUGUGUGUGUGUAGUGAUGUAAUUUGUGUAAUUUUUUAUUUUAAUAUUUUUUUUAAUAUUGAAAUGUUUUUUUUAUUUUUUGUUUAGUCCCCCCUCCCUGCUUCUUACCAGGGAGGGGGAUAUAGUAUCCCCUGGUGGUCCAGUGGCUUGUUAAGUACAGUGGUGGCUCAGCAGCAGCAAGCGCUGACUUACCUUGCAAGCAGCUCCUACAGCUCCCUGUGUAAAUCUCGCGGCUCUUAGUGCCGCGCGGAGCGUUGCCAUGGUAACCCGUGGCAACGCUCUGCGGCCGCGGGUCUCGCGAGAUUUACACAGAGAGCUGUAGGAGCUGCAUGCAAGGUAAGUCAGCGCUUGCUGCUGGCCCCCACAGGACCGCCGGGCUUGUAAUGGGCCCGGCGUUCCUGUUAUAUAUUAUCGGCAAUAUCGGUAUCUGAAUUGGCCGAUACCGAUAUUGCCGAAAAUACCAAAUAUUGGCCGAUAAUAUCGGCCAGACCGAUAAUCGGUCGAUCCCUACAUACAGCAGCAUCUGUAAUGCAGUAAAUCAUUAUAUAUAUUAUCAUUAACUGCAUUAUCAUUAACUGCAUUUAUUGUGAAAUUCAAUUCAAGUCAGUUUUUCCCGGUUUAUACUUUUGUUAUUUGGACCAAAAGGAUUAAUAGUAGUUAGGGGAGAAUGAAUCUUCAUACGCCACAGGGCUUGCAUCGUAUUGCUAGCACCAUACAAAUAUUUUGGAAUGAGAAAGUGAACCUUCUAAAUGUGAUGUCUCCGGUGGAGAUAAUAUAUGUAGGUUAGGGCACUUUAUAACGGCUGAUACCAUAAAAACGUAAACCACUUCAUUAAACUUCAGUUUCUCCAACUUUGCCCCUCAGAUGUUGAUCCAAGCAUCUCACAGAAUUUUUUGAAUGCAGCAGAUGACCAGGUAAUCAUGAGAGUUGCAAUUCAAGAUCCAGGGGCUAAAGUUUGAAAUUCCUGUCUGCAUGUGACUUAAACAUGUUGCUCAUACUUGAGCAUUACACUUUAAAGGGACACUUUACUACUCAAACCCCAAAAAUAGAAACACUGUUUAGUAGAUAUACAAUCAAAACAUGCAUGCAUUUAAUUAUUCUUUUUUUCUUUGGGAUUAUACCUAAAAGUUUCUUGCAAAAGCUGCAGAUCUCUUGUCUGAAGCUUUUGCAAACCUAACCCUUUUAACUCAGCACUGUUUUUCUGUGGCUGUCCAAUUACAGACUUCUCACUUCUCAAUGCAGCUCAAUGAAAAGUCUUUGCAGGGCAGAUGCUCUGGGUCACUUAAAGUGUCCCUUUAAAUGUAAUGUCAGAAGAAAUUAUUUACAGGAAUUAUUAUUAUGAAGCAGUUGGCUAAUUUGCAACAUUGCCAAAAGAAGGUGUAUAUGAGGUCUUGCUCAAACUGUUAAACAACAAUAAAUGUAUCUUUCAGUUAAACCAUAUACGUACUGUACCAGCUGCCACAUCAUUACUAUAGCAUGACACAGUAUGUAUUUAUUUAUUUUUUCCGUUACAAUUAUACUGCUACCUUGACAGACUAUUAAUAUCAUGGCUUUAUAACAUAUAUUCUGCUUCUUAUUAGCUUCUGUGAGUAAUGGUCAUGGAUUGCCCGCAAAGUUUGUUAUCCACUGUAAUAGCCCCACUUGGGGAUCUGACAAGUGUGAAGAAUUGCUGGAAAAGACUGUGAAGAAUUGCCUAGCUUUGGCAGAUGAGAAGAAAAUUAAGUCAAUUGCUUUUCCUUCAAUUGGCAGUGGGAGGUAAGAGUGCACAAAUAAUGUUUUACAAAACUAGCAUGGUGUCUGCAUAUAUACAAAAAAUAAACAUUAUAUAUAUAUAUAUAUUUAUAUAUAUAUAUGUAUAUAUAUAUAUAUAUAUAUAUAUAUAUAUAUAUUGUCAUACAUACACAUACCUAUACACUGACUUAUUUAGCAAUAUAGAUAUGUACACAUCAGGUUUUGGUAACGGGCCAAGAAGCCAAAAUAUACAUUCAGUGUAAAUAUAUAAUGCUGCUUAAUUUAUUUUUUUUGUAUUAUUUUGUCAUGUAAUUUUUUUUAAUUUUUUUUUUUUAAUAUUCCCUGAAUAUUUAGAUUUUUAUGGUUCCUGAUUAAACCAAUGUUCAGUGUAAUAUAGUGUCUAAUGUAGUCAGGAUAAAAGGGAGCUGACAAGUGCUGCAAAUCGCAACACUGGCCCUGCCUAAAGAAAGCGGUUCUGCCAAGAAAAUGGGCAAGUCUGUCCGAAGAGUUGACAGGUCAGCAUUGCAUGAAUGCAUGCCAGGCUGCCUGCCAAUCAAGCAGACCAGUCCAGCAUGGGCGAGCAAUGUUUCAGUGCCCUCUAGCAUGGUUCUAGUGCCCUGAGUGCGGCUUGAGCAUGCCUAAUGAUGCACUUGCGUUACUCUUUUGGGGAUAGUUCCCCAAAACAAAAUUGGGACAAGACCCUGAAAUCAGGACUAUUGGGAGGCCUGCUAACAGCAGUUUCUAUUUUAUUAAAUUAUACAAUACACAACUGUGUCCUUUUUUGCAAAUUAUAUAUGCCCUAUAGUAUUAUCUUGUAGGAAUGAUGAUGUGGUAAAACCAGGAUAACAUAUAUGUGUUUGCAUAGCCCUGAAAAAGUAAGUCAAUACAUUUCUCAGCCCAAUGUAUUAAUUAAAUAAAUGCCAACUCAAAGAUGAUCGUGUCAUCCAUAUAUUUGUUUGAAUGUCAGGUUCACUUUGAAUACACUACAUGGUGUUACUUACUACACUCUACAAUCUAAUUGAAAUAGUAAGUGAUUAAUUAAAAUGUAGACCACUGCUUUGUGGUAAAUCAUGAUUUUGGCAGUUGGUAAAUGUGAUAAGUUGCUUUUCUCUGUUACACAUGGAUAUUCUGAAUGUCUGCCUUCAUUUUGGGAGAUGUUAUCACUGGUUGCUACUUGUCAUAUGACGGGAAGUGACUGCCUAAUUUACAUAGGGGAGUUGGGUCAGGUUGCUGUUCUCAUAUGAUUUAAGAGUCUUCUGAUAAAAUAGUAAAUGUAUUGUGUAUUGCUUAUGAACUUAUCCUCAUGGACCUCCAGCGUCAAAAAAAGAUCCCCAUAGGAAAGCAUUAAAUAACAAUGAUUGACUGGGAGCCUAGAUAGAGGAUUACAGUUGUAGGUUAAGUAGGUGUGGAUUUACAUAUUUAAUUGUAAAUUUCACACCUUACAAAUACAUAUUUGCUAAAUAAAUGAAUAAAUAAACGUAAUAUAUAAAAAUAAAAAAAAACUUGGAAUAUGACAGGUUCUCUUUAAAUGCAAAAGUCUUAGAGUUGAAAACAUAGAAAGUGAUUAAAAGUUUCUUGGGGAAACUGCAUACACUGGUGUGGUACAAUGAAAGGGACGCCCUGACGCUGCUAGGGGAAGACUCUCCCCUCAUGCACACCCUGACGCACUGGUCCACAAUAAGAACGGAGCAGCAGAUCUCGCCCAAGUCCAGUCCCCUGAUACCCAUCACGUACAACCCAAACCUGGGAGACAACCUUCCACUGAAUGCCUGGUCAAUAGACAACCGAGAUGGAUACAUACCCAUACACACAGUCCUGAACAAUAUGGGAGUCCAACCAUUAAGGGUAAUUUCGAGCGAAGAAACGCCCACGCUAAUGCACCAAUUCCACUACAUCCAGCUUAAGCACUACUAUCACAACCUACCACACAGAGGCAAGAUACACAGAGAACUAACAUGGUACGAAAACCUAUGCACACAGACACCAGAGGUGGAGGGUAGGGUUUCCGCAUUAUAUCAAAACCUACUGACAUCAAACCGUACUAACAACAACUUAUACAAAAGACAAUGGGAGGACUGGACAGAGGAGACCUUCACGGACGACCAAUGGGGGAAGAUACUAACCCUACAACACAAAAGCGCCUCCAGCUCCCACUACCAGGAAGUAAAUUAUAAGCUAUUGACACACUGGUAUCGUACACCGUCCUUGAUCAACCCGACAAUUCCGAACACCUGGUGGAGAUGCGGGGAGGAACUCGGCACCUUAAGGCACAUCUGGUGGGACUGCAAUAAAAUAAAACCUUUUUGGGAGAGCAUUCAGCGGGAAAUCAAGCAGAUACUAGACACAUUUGACGAUAGCGGCCGCUCUUCUACAUCAUACAGAACGACCAAUACCCUCCUACAGGAGGUCAAUACUGAGGCACUUACUAAACGCUGCCAAGUCCCUGGUCCCACUGCACUGGAAAAAGGAAAACCCACCAACGACAUUAGAAUGGACACGCAGGGUAGAAGACAUCAGGAUAGCAGAGGAGAAAAUAGCAGAUUCCCAAGGGAGAAGCAACAAACAUGUGGAAAGGUGGACACCCUGGAUACUACACAGCACUUAGGUGGAGGUGGAAGACGAGAUGCACUGGGACGGGGGGCGGGGCGAAUGUCGGGGGAGUGUGCCCUUGGCGCACCGAGGGAGACAGCAGACUCAGUCCCCCCCCACCACCACCUUGCCCCAACCCGCUCCAACUUCCCUAUAUAACCCAGGGCAAACACGAAGAAAGAGCUUCAUUGAACACGACCACAAUGAAGGUUGAAACCGCAGGGAGCUCACCUGAUGGAACUGAAAGCGGAACAGGAGUAAAAAACAAACGGAUACCAACCCCCUAAAACUGGGAAAAACAGAUACACACGCAAGGGGACAUAUAAAGAAACAACAAAAGUAGACAUCACACACAGAGAGAAUGACGGAGGCAAAAUAUAGUAAAUAUAGUUGCAAACACCCACAAACAUGUACUAACUUACACGCAGGGACACAAACACAACAGGCAAAACCGGACAAGAUAACUCACACAGGAAACGCAAUAACAGCUAAUGACUAUGAGGCGGACGACUAAUAGAGUGGGGACGUUACCUCACGUCACGACAUCGCCCACGCACAACAACAAACUACCAGACACCCAUAGAUGAUAACUGAUCAGACUAACUAACAGCUAAGAAGAACACAGGGAGAUGGAGGUGAGGAGAUAGACACACAAGAACGUAAUAGAGCAAUUACUCCGGGGAAUAUCAAACCCCUAAUAUAAAAGAGAGGCCACCAGACACGCGAGUAUAGUCACGCAGACCCUACAUCACAACAGAAAAAAACGCACAUCACAGAUAGCAAAAAGGGAAGGUUGUAAGACAUGGACACGAGAAAACACAUACCAGGCGAGACAGGAGGCCCGCGAGCCAAAAUACAGCACAGAAAACCAUGGAGCCUGCGAGCUCACACAGGUACAUAUGGUAUGUGGUAUAUACGAUAGAGACCUGCGAGUCUCCAUGCACACCAUCUGAUUCCCAUGCAUAAAUCUUUGUAUGAUACAACAAAUUCUCAAAAUAAACCUAAAAGGGGAAAAAAAAAUGGUGAGCCUGCGAGCACACACAGAUGCAUAUGGCAUAUGGUAUAUAUCGUAGAGACCUGCGAGUCUUCAUACACGCUGUCUGAUCCCCAUGCAUAAGUCUGUGUAUGAUAUAACAACUGUUCAAUAAAAAAAUCAUAUUUACAAAAAAAAAGUUUCUUGGGGAACCACAUCCAAAUGCAUCAAAAUAGCAGAGUGGUACUGCUUGCUGUUGAACUAAAAACAUGUGUCAGGCAGACGUUACUUCUGAAAACCACAGUAACAACUUAAUUUCCCUUUAUAGCCAAAGAAUAGGAUUACGUGUGGUACUGGAAGAUCAAAUAAAUCAUGUUUUACUUCAAGGAGGGAAAUAAGAAUUAUGUUUGAAAGUUUAAAUACAAAAAAAAAUCCCAACAGCAUUUUCUCUGUUAUGUCUGCUACAAAUCCCACUUGUUUAUGGUUUAUAUGUUAGUAAUAUAUUUUUUCUCAUUAUCUUUUUAUUUAAUAUGUUUUAAGAAAUUGUUUAGUAAACAACUCAAUUAUUUAGUUUUUGUUCAUUUUAGUGGGUUUUUUUUAUAAACAGUUCCCAGUUUAAAAAAAAAAAAAAAUGAACUAAACAUGUAUGUUUACAUACUUUAGAUUAUAACCAUGAUACAUGUAUAAAACAAAGUUGUCAGACUCCACCUCCCUAGACAUUGCUCAACUACAAUUCCGAUAAUUAUGUGUCCGUCUGUUACAUUCAAAAAAUUUUGGAUACCAUCAGUAUUGGUGGGACUGAAGUUUGAUAACACUGGUUUAAAGCUUUCUUCUUUGACAAUGUUUGACAAUGUUUUUGUAAAAACAUAACUUUUCAAUGAAACCAUUUUGUAGAGGCAAGACAUGUAACAGUGAAUGCCCACAUUAUAAGGUACAAUUAUCUAUUACCCAGUAUUGCUCUUUUAUGCCUACAGCAGAUACUGUUCUACAUGGGCUCAGCAAGAUGCUGGAUACAUUCCUUAUGUACAUGGGUUCAUGCUGACUUCAUAGUAUAACAAAUGUUCCUGUUGACCUUUCAGCCACACUUUUAUUCUAGAAAUGUUCCAUUCCAACUUACUACAAAGUGCUCUACUAGGUAGAGAUCUAGGCCUAUGCUAGUUACCUGACCUGAAUAUAUGCGUUUGUAAAUUAGUAGACAGUGGUCAUACCUGACAGUGAAAAUCACAGUGAGAAGCACGGAAGCGCCUCUCGCGGCUGUCAAUGAGACAGCCACUAGAGGCUGGAUUAACCCACAGCAGAAAGGGUUAAUCCUAGAUGGACCGGGCACCCAGACCACUUCAUUAAGCUGAAGUGGUCUGGGUGCCUAUAGUGGUCCUUUAACAUGCUUCCGCUCUCUUCUCGGAGGUGCAAAGAUGGAUUCAUGGAUGGGAGCUUGGUAGGACACUGGGAUGUGUGUCCUCAUAGUUUAAGCACCAACUCUCCUUUCAGUGACUUUGAAUUGCCCCCGCCCCACCCCCCCUAUAUGUCCUGACUAUUCCAAUUAUUUAAUUUUAAGCCCCCACCUGUACCAGGUUUCUCAGUUAAUAGUUUUUAAUUAUGGUGAGCAACCGCUGUAGGUAGUAGACCUACACCCAUCCAAAGUUACCCCCCUUACUUGGAGGGAUGUGUGUAACAAUAAGUGCUUAACGUGAAUAAAAACAGUUAAAAGCAGCUCUAUACACUUGUGUGGAAAUAUCCUCUUUUCCACAAAACAAUAACAUGGAAUAUAGUGCGGUAUAAGUGACAAAGACCUACACCUAUAAGUGGAGUGCUAAAACAAAUAUAAAGCUUACCAAGCGUAGCUUGAUUCAGUAGUGUGAUGUAAAGUACAUGCCAAAGAAUAUAAAAACAAAAAGUACAAUAUAGUGCAGAUGUUUUUUUUCAAAAUGUAAUCCGGUGAAUAAUAUAGCAAACAGAACACUCACAUUUUAAGGAGCCUGUGUGUAAAUACUGGCUCUGUACUUAGACCUGUGUGCUUAUUUAGGUAACACCACCCUUCCGCUUCGGUUCGGAGUAGUUCUCAUAAACAAAACAUAAAAGGAGAGCAAACCAAUGUGCAGACUGUAGCAAUAAAGAAGAUGAGUAUAACAUAGUAAAUGUGGUGCUCACCUGGUCCUGAGCCUAUAGGUCCUGGCUCUAAGGUGUAUACGUGUAGUGCCAAUUUAAAUAGGGAUGACAUUGCCCAUAUGAGGAUUCCUGGAGGCUCCAUGGAAGGACUUGAGCAGGAUAUCUUGAGUAAAAAUACCAAAUUUAUUAAUGUACAAUGACAAGUAGAGAUUAAAAAAUAAUAAUAAUAAUAAAAAGUUCUUUAAAAUGGCCAAAACGUGUUUCACUCUCAGUAGAGCUUCCUCAGUCAGCUGUCUGUUUGCUAUAUUAUUCACCGGAUUACAUUUUGAAAAAACCAUCUGCACUAUAUUGUACUUUUUGUUUUUAUAUUCUUUGGCAUGUACUUUACAUCAUACUACUGAAUCAAGCUACGCUUGGUAAGCUUUAUAUUUGUUUUAGCGCUCCACUUCUAGGUGUAGGUCUUUGUCACUUAUACCGCACUAUAUUCCAGUAGACCUACACCCACCUGCAACAUGAUGAGUGUGGGCAUAAGGGAGGUAUUAUAACCCAUUUCCUUAUACCCCACAUAGGCUUUAUUUUAUAAAAAAAAAAAAAAACUACUGAAUAACUAGGGUUAAAGGCCCAUAAAUAUGCUUUCUAGACACAGCAUCAGCAAUUUUACUUUGGUCUGCCCAUUUAACGAGUCUGUAUCAGUUGGCAUUAAUUCCAGUCAAACUAUGACUUUGUCUCUCACAAGUGCCCCCAUCUUCUUUCGUACGGUCUUUUGCAGCUCCUGGCACUUCAGCUACCAUGAGCCAAUGUCAGUGCUGAACUUUGCCUCAUUUAGAACUUUGCCUCACAAGUUGCACCAAGUUUCCAUUAGCUAUACAUGUAUACAUCUACCUCUACUUUUUCUAAACAAGAAAUACAUUCAAAACGUUAGCUUGUGCUACAAAAGAAAUUGGGUGCCCAGCUGGACCAAGUGAAAGUUAACUAUUGCCUGUAUCUCACUAUCUUUUCUCAGCCUAAGCAAUUUGUUAUGCUAUAAAAUCAUGUUUCAUACACUGUCAAGGCAAGUGACUAGAAACAAAUUCUACUACUUCAGUUCCGGUCUCAUAAUUAUUUUUGAUUGAUAAAUUUAAAGUGAAAGUAUUUGACAAUGUAUUUAUUUGUUUGUUUAGUACAAAUAAAAUCUUAUAUUUAAUAUCAAAUCCUUGUUUUUAUAUUGCAGAAAUGGAUUCCCAAAGCAAACAGCUGCACAGCUCAUUCUGAAAGCAAUUUCAAAUUAUUUUGUGUCCACCAUGUCAUCUUCAAUCAAGACUGUGUACUUUGUGCUUUUUGACAGUGAAAGCAUAGGCAUAUAUGUGCAGGAAAUGGCAAAACUAGAUACCAACUAACCUUUCGGUCUAAAAACCCUUCAACUGUUCCCAUAACAAAAAUACUACCCCUCACUCUUUUGUGAGACUGCCCCAUAAUUUGAAAAACACACUCAUUUGGAAUAUGAAGAAUUCCAAUUGACCUUUCUAAAAUAUAUUGCAUUGGCACUGAUAGCUGGCAUUACUUCUGUUAAUGCACUAUUUUUGGACGAAUUGUCCAAAUUUAGUAUGAUUUAGAAGAUUUUAUAGUUUUAUUUUACUGAGGUAUGGAUUUCUGAAGAUUGUAGUUGGGAGUAUAAUGUCUUUUAUAUGUGACUGAAAUGGAAGAAAUAUUUUGUAAAUGUGUUGUGGUGCUUUAUUGUACAUUAUGUGAUGUUAUUUUCUCCAUUAAAAAAAUCCAGAUUUGUGUUACCUGUUGUAGUAAUUAAAAUAUAUUGUUAUAUUUAAUUACAUUUGCAAAUUA